AUGGCUUUCUUACGAAAUUGUGCAGAGUGGAGAACCUGGACACGGCCGUUGCUCGUUUUUUUACUUAUUUGCUUUUUCACGCCAAGCAAAGUAAGUCAUCUUUUUUACAUUGAUGCACGCAGAGCUCUCGGAGGUGUUAACUUUAAAAUGAUGAUUGAAGUGGUGUUUUUUUUUUUGUUUGUUUGAUUGAUUUUGCACGAUAAAAUUCACAAUUGCACGUUUUCUUUACAGGGCGUGCUCUUGAACAGUGUUGCUGAUAGUGCUGAGCCUCAAAAAGAAGAGUCCGGGCUGCUGCGAUCUCUCAAUUUACCGCAACAUACAGGUAAGAGUUGAUCAAAGCGUGCUGCAGAUUUCUAAACCUUUCUGCCACUGAAAUGUAUUUUUAUGUGUGUUGGAGUACAUGAUUUGUGAUCAGUUGUAAUUGAAGAUAAAUUGCAAAAAGAUUUGAAGGGACGUCAACUGCUGCCACAAAGAAGCCCAAAAGCAUCAAACAGCGCUCACCUGCGCGCUGUGUUUCCUCUCUUCACCGCUAGGGAGCGACCUAAACCCUAACACAGUGCCCUCAGUUUAUGCUGCAGCAGUAGAGCACAAUUGAAAACAUUUUGUGCAGUUUAUUUUCUCCGUUAACUCUAAAUUAGCAAAGAUAUACGAGUCUCUUGGGAAAUAUGCCAUUUAUUUGGGAAAAAUCAUUACAGUGCAUUGACAAAACUGCUGAAUGGAAAAAUAAAAGUAGCUCUUUUAUAUUAAUACAGUUCGAGUUUUAUAGCUCUCCAGGGAGUCGCCAAAUCCUUCAAUGAAGAUGCGCUAAACUUGCCUGAGUCAAUACUCUAAUUAGUGCAAGCAGCCAGUGCGACACUUUCAUCUGUUCUCUGUUUUGUGGAUGUCACCCCAUGUGGUGCUGAGUCAGCGACUGCUUUGGCUGCACACUCCCCUUUGUUUUAGCUUUUUUCUUUUUCCCCCAAGUUGCCAUGAAAAGCACACAAAUAAACAAAUAAACAAAACAUCAAGACUCUCUUUUCUGCGCACAUGUGGAGAUGAUGUGGAGCCGAAGAGAGGGGAAACCCUUCCCUCUGUUUCAGAUCAUCUCACAGCCAAAGUUUGAAAAGCUAACACUCAGGCUUAAUGUGUUUAACAUUCAUACAGCCUGAGUGUGGACAGAGUUCACAUGUUCAGUCUUUUGUUAAGUUUAAGCCUAUAGGCACCCACUGGUUAGACCCCCUAUCAGUGCUAAUGGCACUCAGGAGCCACUAAACCAACAAACUGCCCACUACAAGAUCUUGUCUCAGUCCAUCAGACAAGAUAUAUGUGUGUGUGGGUGUGCAUGCAUGCUCUGUUCCCGCAGACUCUUUGUUUGUACACUGUCAGACGCGGGUCACUGCAGCUGGGUUUUGAGUUAAGGUGGAACAAACACACUGGACUGAGUGUAACUCUGUGUGUGCAUGUGUGUUGUGCAUGUGUGUGUCUGGGCUAGGUGGACAAACAACAAAGAUAGUGAAGACCAUUUUCUGUCUGCAUGGAAAAUACUUGAGACCCGAGGUGUGUGUUUGCUCUUUGCGGUCCUGUAGCACUUCAAGGAUUUGAGGUUUGCUCCCUUCCUUCAUCACUCAAGCUAAAACACAUGCAGAUGCAGUAAUGCAUGGUCCUUUAAAUAAAUGCAUCUACUAAUAAGUAUAUGACAUGUUGUGAGAAGGGGCUAUUACUCAGCCUCAAGAUGCAUCGUAUAUCCAAGUUCAGACCUCAGGCAUUCACACUGCCAGUGAUGACACACUGUCUGUCGCCCUGCAUGUUUCUCCCUGCUCCAGCAAAACAUGUCUGUCUCUGUGCUAUAUUUACUCAUUAUUCAGGCCCUCUAAUGCAGGUCAUACUGUACAGAAACUGACACUGGCUCUCGUUGACUGUAAAUUCAAGGUUACUGUUAUUUUUGUGCAGAUUAAGCGACCAUGUAUCAUUCUCCGAGGGCAAAGCUGACAAUGACAUGGUUACCAAACCAGCAAUGACACAGCUGCAUUUGUUUGCUUGGAGCUUAUCCAUAGAUCCAAAGCAUACAGUGCAUAAUCUGUACAGAUCUAGAGAUUAUGCCAAUGAGGAGGUGAAGAAGAAAAGUUUUGGGUGUCAGAAAAUGCGUUUUUGUUCUAUAAACAGAUGUCUGAUAUUUCUGCAAGUCAAUCAUAGAAGUUAUCGCCCAGAAAUGACUUGGUUGUCGCAUCAGCAGUUGUGAGGGGGACUAUAAAAAAUGCAAAUGCACAGAAAAGUAAGUUUCUACAAGAAAUACCAUCAAGAGAUGGCGUUGGAUUCCAAAAUUGUACCAUGCAUACUCUGUCAGGCUUUGUGUGGGUUAACUAGACUAGAUUAAUAGCCACUUAGAAUCCAGAGUGAAUGAUCUGAGCUUAAAAAGUGGGUAUUUCUUCCAGUAUCAGUUGUGCAAAACAAAAAAGAAACAAUUUCAACAUGUAAUGCUUGCAUUGGUUAAGGUUAAAACCCCCAAACCUGCAAGUUCUCCAAAGCCUAAGCGUAACAUAAGGCCUCAUGCAAUUCUUCAUUGUGUCAGCUCCUUAGUACUCCAAAGACUGACAGCUAUAGUGUCCUCUGUCAUGUUUUCCUCCUGGAGACCAAUAUUUGUGCAUCUUCAGGAGCUGCUCACUCUGCUGUUUCUGCAGCCGCAGCACCAUUAGCCAUUUAACUGAUCUAAAGAGGCCAGGCCUGUGACCUACCACCAUCUCUCUUUAUGACCUGCAGUUAUUCAGCCUGCCUGCAGCUGUAGUUAAAAGAACUGUAGUAAAACACACACACACACACACAGGUCAAACAUGAUUCACUCUCCACGGAAGGACGUGUGGUGGAAUCGUCUCAAAUCCUUCCUCUUCUUGUAACUCUUUCUUGACCCUGCCAGCAAAAGUAUAUGAGGCAGGUCAAGGAAAACGUGCAAAGGAAGGCAAAGGGAUGUGUUUUUAUUCAGUCUGCCUCUGAUGCAUUCGAGGUAACAGCUGAUUCAGCAUGCUGUGUAUCACGGUAAAUGAUGUUGGCAGAUUGAAUAAGCAGGGACGGCUGACAAUGACCACAAGGACAGUGUUCCCUUUUUGCCAAGUUUGAUCUAUAAAAUCAUCCAUGACAGCAGAAAAGCUUUUCUUUUGAUGUCUCCAUUUGGUGCAGUGACACAUCUAUUUAUCUAAUGUGCCCAUAAAGUGCACAUUUUCCUUUCAAGUGUCUGCUUCCCAUCUUGAGCAGCCAUAUUUUGUAAAAAUGUUCCCAAUAAUCUUUUCACCCACAGUUUUUUUCUCCCUUCUUUCCCUUGUCUUUCUUCACCCUCCAUUUAGAAUAUGAGAUUGUAUCUCCGUUCGAGGUCAACCACCAAGGUGUUUACAUCUCCCAUGAAGUCGCCCACCACCACCGAAGAAGACGACGUAGAUCUUUAAGUCCAGACAGUAGCAGCAGCAGCAGUGAGGUGGCUUACUUCCAGCUGAGCGGCUUGGGUCAGAACUUCCACAUGGAGCUGAAGGAGGCCUCAGAAACCCUCGUCGCACCUGGCUUCACCAUCCAGGUCCUGGGAAAGAAUGGUACUAAGAGCCUGAGGCCCUACCACCAGGACGACCUGUGCUUUUACCAGGGGUCGCUGAGGUCAAGGGUCAACUCCUCAGUGGCGCUGUCCACAUGCAUGGGGAUGGUGAGUGUGAGCAUGCAGGGGGUCGGGUUGCAGAAGGGUUUGGAUAAGAAGGAAAAAAGUAAAGGGAGAGUCCCAUCUUUGUUGGUAUGUGUUUGUGUAAGUCAAGAGGAUGCCAGAGUCCAUUAAUAUAAAAGUAUGUACACUAGAUAUUUUCAUUUUGUUUAAAUGAUGGCAGCAUUGGGACUAAACCAUCAACUGAGCACUGUAAUUGUACCCAAUGACCUAAAACAAAUACUGAGCCUGGGAGCCAGAAUUGGGAAAAUGGCUCAACUUGAGACUCCUUAUAAUUUAAACAUACCAUCAGUGUUUUUGUCAUACUGAAUCUGGUACAAAAAAGAUAUCUUUGUGUCUUUUUUUUCAUGUCAUGUACUAUAAUUGUGUUCAGUGAAUACUUGACAAAAACAUACCGAUGAGGGGUUGAGGUAAAGGAAUUAUUAGAGAGUAAGGGGAAAAAAUGUUGUGUCUUCUCCAUUAAAUCAAGAUGAAAUAUCUGUUUCAUUGUUUGGCAUUUGGCACCCACAAGCAGUCUUUUCAGGUUGCUUCUGCAAAGCUGCCUUUCACACAUAAUUUAAAUCAGUAUAUUGACUGUCUGGUCUGCUUAGAAAAUUGAUUUACACUUGACUUAAGUUGGCCUAAAACCCAUGGUGGUGAGUCAGAAGUUUCUCACUCCAGUCUAUGGUACACCGUUUGUUUUGGCUCAUCCCGGGUGUAAUGAACUUCUGCCUAAAUCAGCUAAUGAAUAAGUAAUGAGUGGAAAAGUCAAGUCUGUGAAACACACCAGUAUCAUUGGUUAAUUGGCCAGGAAAAUACCCAAAACCCAUAUGUGCCAAAACAGUGUUAUGGUGGUAAUACAUCAUUUUAUUUGGCUCACUCUAUCUGGUUUGACCCACUCCCAUGGCAAACAAGUGAAGUACAGCUCAUGGAUAUAAUUUUAAUUGAAUAUUAAUGGAAUACUUUGCAUGGAUUGUAUUUGGUUCUCAAUUCAGGAGCAAUAAUAUUCUCAUCUGACAGCAAAUAAAGAGUUAUUAAUAUGUGCAAACAGCAAAAUAUGACAUAAAGGGUUUUUACUAAAUGGUCUCUGAGCAAGAUGGAUGUGAUGCAGCUCCCUAAUUAGGUGAUGUGCAUGCUUAUAUUAGUAUGAAAAAUAUCACUUUAAAACUUGUCAACAUUUUUAAGAUGAUGCUAUAUUUGAUGAAAUGAACCGAUUGGUUGGGUUAGAUUGAACUGCUUGAACCAAUGCUUUGUAUUCUGUCUGCCAAUUUUUAGUGGUUUUUUUCCACCCUCCUCACCAAAACCAUCCUCAAAUUAGACAUUUAUUGUUAAAUGUUGGCUGAUAUUGCUAAAUUUGUUAUGCAUUCUGAGAGCAUUGUUGGCUGAGUGUCAGUUCUUGCCCUGGUGGUCCUUCUCAUCUGCAUAAACAGAAAGAAAACACUACUGUAAGACUGACACUAAGCUUAAGCCGUGCAGCUUCACCCCGGUUAGAACCCAAGUUUACAUAAGGCCUCUUAGAUGUCUGGACAGAACAAAAGACUUUAUGAAUGCACAUUUAUCCUUUCAGAUCUAAACUCUCUCUCACACACACACACAAUUUUAUUGACAACCUCACCAAUCACUAAAGAUGGAAAACAACAACGGAGAAACUCUGCUCAUUUGCACUUUUAUACGAGUCUUUAAGUCUCAGUUUAAAAGAGGAACUGAGUUCUGAGAAUGUUCAGACUUGUGGUCAUAUAAACUUUGCAUCUGGAAGACUUUGUUAGAGAGAGAAAAAUGGGAUUUUCUUUUCAUGAUCAUACUCUCUUUGGACCAUUUUAUCCAAACAAACAGCAUAAAAACCAAAAUGACCCAAUUUCAGUUUUUCACUUUUUGGUGCUUUUUAAUUAUUAUAAAUUUCAGCCUUUAGUCAUUUUUGGUUUGCUGUUUAUGUUCAAUUGUGCACGACCACUGCUGUGCCUGAGAAUUUCCCCCCUAAAACACAAACGGAGAAUGGCACAUCUCCAGGGAUGCUUCUUCAGUGUGUGUGUGUGUGUGUGAGAGAGAGAGAGAGAGAAAGAGAGAGGGACAGUCUUUGUGCAUGUCUACAUCUCAGACCAGAUCCCAAUAAAAGAUUCAGCCAAAAGGUCCGGGGUUGCUGAGACUGUAAAUGUGGUUCUCACGACUGAGACUGGCUAGGAUGGACUGGGUCAGUGCAUCAAUGAGAAUCUGACUUUCUGAUGGUAAUGAGAGAAAACAAAGCUGAAACAUCAACAGACAACAGUAUGUCUCCUUGGGAAAUCAUAAGCAUUAAUGUAUAGUUAGAUACUUUCUUUUAAAAACACUGAUUCGGCUCUUGUGUUUCUGUGCUGUAUGCCCUCAUAUCAUCAUACUAUACUUGUGUGCUCCAGACCUUCUGUAUUGUCUACGACUGGUCAAAAUUGAUAACAAAGUUCAGUAGGCCACUAAAGAGCUCACAGGAGACCUUGUACUUUGGUCAGGUUUCUAUUUGGCAGGGGGAGAGUAAAUAUUGGCCAACAGAUCAAUAGCUGUAUCAGUAAGCAGACCUGGCCUCCAGCUGCAGCACAAUACUACUUAGAUGAGGUUAUUCCAUCACUUUUUUUAGCCACGUCAUUAUUAGAGAAAACUGUAUUUAAUUUAUUAUUAAAGCUGGAGGCUGUCCUUGAAGACACAUUAGAUAAAAUCUCUCAGAAUAAUCCAAAAGCUUGUUAGCAUGUUAAACAUGCUGACUUAAACAGAAAGGAGGGAGAAGAGGUUUAUUGAUGGAACAACAUUAGCUCCAAUGGGACUGGAGUUGCUAUCGUUGCAUGAAUGCUAGCAUCUAUCUGUGAAAACUUGAGGCCUUUGUAGCUGUUACAAAGUUAUGUCAAGGGUUUUACCUACUUUAAGAGAGACUUGCACAGCCUCUAUGUCAGUUUGUUCCUCAGGGUGAAUGAUGGAUGCAAAGUAAUAAAGAAAACUAGGACCCCGGUGGGGCACUGUCGGGCCCGAGCCGCGUUGCGCCGCCCCCAGCGCGACCGCCUCCCCCUCCCGAUCGCGUCACACUCAAGGUCCAAAGAUGGUGUGCGCACUUGUCUGUGGUCAUUUCCCAUUAUAAUGAAUGGGAGGCGCAGUUUCUACUAAAACACUCGCUGCAGACAAACAACAUGUCCUAUUUGAAAAAAGUCUGGACCAUGAGUGAGGGCACAAACACAGCUAGGAUAUAUCCAAACGGCAAGUUGCUCCUCGUUACGGUGUUGCCGGGAGAGUGAUGCGAUUGAGCCAUUGAGUGAUGGGCAGGAAAAACUUGACUGUUUCUCCUGCCAUGGGGGAUGGGGGAUGGGGGGGAUGUGGAUUCUUUUAAGAAUGUGGAUAUUUGGGUCAUCUUUGGCGCCCCCUAGAACGUAAACCGUGGGGUGCAGCGUCAUGAUUUUUACAACUUUGAAUGGCCAUGGGGUGUAGAUUGGCCUGAGCAAAUUUGGUGUCAGUGGGACGAAAUCCUUAGGAGGAGUUAGCCACAUUCCAAUGUGUGUGAAUCAGCAAAAAAUGCAAAAUAGCCCUUUAACCGUACAUUUUACAGAUACGAGCGCAUUGACUUUUUCGUAGAUCUUAUUGAGAUACAUGUGAUUGUCAAAUUUUGUGUCAAUAUGACAAAGCGUACAGGUAUGACAGUCAACAAUGUGUUUUUUCACCUUAUGGGACAAGAAAAAAUGGACUUUUUUCUCCUGCCAUGGGGGGGCGCUCUUUUGGGGAGUAAAAAUUCCUUCACAAAUGUGUUGAUGGCUGGACAUUGCAUCAUCCUAGAAAACUUGGAGGCCAGUGAGGACAAAAAUAAAAAGUUAUAAGACUUUUAAAUAUGUGGAUUUUUGGGUUAUCUUUGGCGCCCCCUAGAACCUAAACCAUGGGGUGCAGCAUCAUGAUUUGAAUAACUUUUAAUGGCCAUGGGGUGUAGAUUGGCCUGAGCAAAUGUGGUGCCGGUGGAACUAAAGCCUUAGGAGGAGUUAGCCACAUUCCAAUGUGUGCGGAUCGGCAAAAAAUGCGGAAUAACCCUUUAACCGUACAUUUGACAGAUACGCGCGCAUUGACUUUUUCGUAGAUCUUAUUGAGUUACAUGUGUGUGUCAAUUUUUGUGUCAUUUUGACAAAGCGUAUAGGCGUGACACUCAACAAUGUGUAUUUUCACCUUAGGGGACAAGAAAAAAUGGACUUUUUUCUCCUGCCAUGGGGGGGCGCUCUUUUGGGGAGUAAAAAUUCCUUCACAAAUGUGUCGAUGGCUGGACAUUGCAUCAUCCUAGAAAACUUGGAGGCCAGUGAGGACAAAAAUAAAAAGUUAUAAGACUUUUAAAUAUGUGGAUUUUAGUGUUAUCUUUGGCGCCCCCUAGAACCUAAACCUUGGGGUGCAGCGUCAUGAUUUUGAUAACUUUUAAUGGCCACGGGGUGUAGAUUGGCCUGAGCAAAUGUGGUGCCGGUGGAACGAAAGCCUUCGGAGGAGUUAGCGAAAUUCCAAUGUGUGCGGAUCGGCAAAAAAUGCGAAAUAACCCUUUAACCGUAAUUUUGACAGAUACGGCCGCACUGACUUUUUUGUAGAUCUUAUUGAGAUACAUAUGUGUGUCAAUUUUUGUGUCAAUAUGACAAAGCGUACAGGCGUGACAGUCAAUAGUGUGAAUUUCCACCUUAGGGGGCGCUAUGGAGCCAUUUUGCAUUUUAUUGUUUGGGCGACUUCAGAAUAUCGAAUUUUUCACCAGGCCCGGUCGUCCUGCCAAAUUUCAUGAGUUUUCGCCAGUGGGAAGUGGGCCAUUUUCCAGUUCAAAGGGGAGGAAAAAGAAAAAAGAAAGAAAGAAACAAAGAAAAACCACUUGGGGAAUAAUAGGGCCUACGCCCGGCUGCUCUGCAGCUGGCUCGGGCCCUAAAAAUGAGAGAGGGGGAGAUGUAGAGAUGAAGGCUAUGGGGGUCAUUGUCCCCUCCCUGGCAUUUUGAAGUGCUGAAAACCCCCUUGUGAGGAGUGUUAGGUUGUAAAGCUUUUGCAUAAGUUGCCUUUUCAACUCCCCUCGCCUGGCAGCCCGUAUAGUGGUUACCCCCCUUUUAAUGACAGUAAAGAGUUCAACCAUAAAACUCCCCUACUUUCAAGCAAGAAUAUAAGAAGCAGGCCAAUCUCUCUGACUCUGUUCACCUGCCAAAGAGUUUGAAAUCUGCAGUGACACACAUGUGGAAGAGGAGAUCAUAAAGCAGGUCCUCCGCUGUGUCGACGUUUUGCUGAACAAUAAUCCUCUUUAGUCUGGCUUUUAUAGGGGUGAGGGAGUUGAGGGGUGAAGAGGGUGCCAUUCAGGCAUUGGACUCUGGCAACAUGAAGCCUUUUAUUUCCCCCAUAUAGGACAUCUUGCUGAUUUUUAGCCAAGCUUAAGCAACGACAAUAUUGGGCCAUCGGACCACCAUCCUGGCGCUGACAUUAAUGCUGUAUUUCACCAUGUGCAGGAUAGUUUGGCAUGAAGUACUGUACAGAAAUCACAUGUUUCUAACUUUUGACUCAGCUAGAAUUGGCAAAGAGAUGGAGUGAGGCCAUAGUUUAUGCUUCCAUCUGUCAGUCAAACAAGUUAAAUCUAUAAUUACCCACAACUCCUUGCCUUAAUGAAUAAAAAUGAAUGGAUUAUUUCAAAAAGUACCCCUGUAAAGUUGUUAUAAACACAUUAAUGAGUCAUAGAGACUAAACUGUAAAUGUUACACCCUUGGAAAGAGGAGGGGCAGUUACAAAAGUGAUUCAGUGGGGGUGGGCAAAAUUUUGACAGUCAAUCACUCAGAAAAAGAUGAAUGAACUCAGUAACAGUUAACCCUUUAAUUCCACUCAAAACUGAUGGAGGUUAACAUUCACGUUAAACCUAUGGAAAGUCUUACAGACACUGAAAAGGAGAGGGUCCCCGCAAUCCAGACAGUCAAAAAUUUAAUCCAAACGCAUUAUUUCCUUCCUACAAAUCUACAAAGGUCCAUUUUACCAAGUAAAUCCCCCAUUUUUUUCAGGCAAAACAACCCCAGUGUAAAUUUUUGGAGAUCUUUACAGAGAUCAGCCUCCCACAGUACCAUACUGGCUUACAAGAGCUGUCUGUUAAAGCCAAGUCAAUUGAGACUGACACAUACCAUACUUCCCACUUCAGCGUAUAUACUGUCUGCUGUUACAGUGCUGUGUUCCUGCAGUGAAGUCAGGUAAUGUUAGAAUGACAACACUAAACAAAACUGAAUUCAAAAGAAGUUUUAGGUUUCAAUAAAUUAAGUUCCGUGUUAAAAGUUGAUUAAAAAGGUAACAGCAAUUACAAACAAUCAACAGUCAUGUCCCUAAUGUAGCGAAAGGGGCUCCUUAUAUGGGAGGCAACCUCUGGGCUUGAGAAAUGUAGCUGAUGUGGCAGUGAUUUGUAGCGCUGUAGUGUCCACUUUGGGCUGGAUGCAAAGGACUCAGAGGCCAAAUUACAACAAAAGAAUAAACACAUUUGUAGCCUGAUACAUAAACAACUUUGGUCCAUGUAGCUAUUACCCAUAAUGAUUCAAUGGUUUUAAAGAUAUCAAGGUUACAAGUGUUUAGGAGAUGACUUGGCCAAUAGGUGGGCACUCUACCCCAACUCAGCUUGGAUCAAAUCAGCACUUUGACGAUGGCGCCCACAAACGAUAGGCUUCACAACUCUGCUUUAGAGGCCGAUGGGUGACCUUACUGGCACCAUGUCCAUGCUCAGUAGAGUCUGUGGCUUCAUGGUAAUCUUUUGCUGCUCACAAAACUUGUUUUGUAAAUUCUUGACACAUUAGCUGCCCUUCUGAGCAUAAAGAUACCUGCAAUCGAGGAGAAAUAACAACAACAGCAACAACAACAACAGAGAUUUGUGUUUUUUCUUUUUUGGAGUGUUUAGUAGAAAAAGGAUGAACACUGCUGUAUCCAAGAGACAAGGUUGGAGACAAAAGCACUGAUUGCAUUUUAAAGGAGUUUGACUUCUUGUAGGGUAUGUUAUUGUGAAUUAAUUAGUUAUGAACAAUAUAAUGGACCACAGAUCUACUAGUUUUGUCAAUUAUUUUUGAACUUGUCAUAUGAAUGUUUAGCCCUGCUGAAAAAGGUGGGAUGUCAGGGCUCUUGGUGGGUCUCCUUGGCUUUUAGCUCUAGCCUUAACUGCAUCUUUCACACUUUUGCUUUAGCAUCAUUUCAGCACAUAUAUAACAAUGCAAGUGACAAAAUACUAAACCUUUAGGACUACAUGUGGAUAUCAUUAGAUCUUUCAUUCAUCAUGGAGCUGUUAGUUCUACAUGAGCUACAUUUACUUUGUAAACACAGAAGGAUUUUUAAAGGACACAUCACGCCCUGUCUUUGCCUAUUUUUACCCUUUACUGUACGUCAAUGCACCUGAGCUUCACAUACAUCACUUUCUGUUUGUCUUAGCUAAUUUUACUCAGACUUCGCAUGCACACCUCUUGUUCCUACCAGAGGGAAAUGCAACAAGUCCUCCCUCUACAAAUCACUUGCAGGUCAUGUGUUUUCCUCUUGUAAAAGGUCGGGUGUGUUUCUCGCCUCAGGUUGUGUAGUAGUAGUAAUAAUAGAAUGUUGCAUACUCGUCCCACCUCUGGGAUUUCCAAGAAUAAAUGGCGGAUGGUUCACUGAAGUGGUGAAGCUUUGAACAGCAGACUGUGUGGUCUUGGCUAGAUGCUAUGAUCAAUUUCAAAACAUAUAGGGAGACCCAGUCCACCCCCACUCCCACUCCCCCAAGUUAACUAUGAGUAAAAAUUACUCAAAGAAAGAAGAUUUGGUGUUGAGUCAUGUGCAUACAUCUGUGUGACUUUGGGGAAUGUGUUGUUUCCAAAGCGAUAGACCUCUAGUUUGUGUAAUGAGUGCAGAGCCUGCCAACACAUGAGUAAAGUGCAGCUUGAAGCGAAACAGCUAAUUGAUUAAGGAAGGGUGUCUAGCGAGGUUCAAUGUUAGACUUGCAUUCCCAAUUUUCCAAUAAGUCCUGUCAGCACUGAGCCAGAGUUUGAACUCCUGCCUUUAGCUGCUGGAAACGUGUCCAUCAGGGAACCAGUUAGUAUUAAACAAACACAAAAGAGAAGAAUUAGGACUGUAAAAAAAAAAAAAAAACACAGUGUUGGAAAACGAUGAGAUUAAGUUGCUGAGCCAAUAAAGAACAGAUUAGAUGGUUGAUAAGUAAAUCAGAUUAUUAUUUGUAACACCCAAACUAACUUCUGGGGCUUUCUGUGCUUCACUUGAAGUUAGUGGGAAAUAAAAAGCAAAUGUCUUUCUUUUUUUUUCAGUCACCAUUGGGAAGACCUCUCACGAGGGUAGAUAGAAAAAAGAGGGCACUAUAUACUGCACAGUCAGGUGCACCUUGUAAUGUACUGUGAAACCUUCCCCCCCUUCAGUUCCGUUUUCCUGACGUUUUUUCCCGACCCCCCCUUCCCCCGAUUCCUGUCGCUGCCUGUCUGGAUGCGUCUGACUCCACAGAGUCCAGCUGUUUGCACCCUCCCAAGUAGUGUUUCAGCAUUUUAUGACUGCUAUUUGCACCUCGUAGAGCGCACUGUGUAAUCUGAUGACUUUGGCUAUUUAGGAAAGGCUCUAGCUGACCUAAUCUCUUAACUUAGAGGCUUGCAUGCACACAUCCUCAGAGGAAGUGACAGAUACUUGUUGUUUUAUGUAGGGCCAAGUUUAAGCUUAAAGACUGUGCAGAGUUUACAGACUGGAGACGACAUGAAAAGAUGAUCUGUUGUGUUUGAUGGCUGGAGAAGAAAGGGGAAGUCAUGUUGCUUUGUUUAAAAAAUCAUUACCCAUUCUGCUUUAACAUAUGGUUUUCUGUACAGUGUUGUAAAUAGGGUUUGUCUACAGAGGUAAGCCUUUUCUGCACAUGACAGAAAAUUUGCAUGCUAAGAAGACAACAAGACAUGCCAUCACAGGUUAAAAGACAGGACAGAAGACAUAAAGACAAACUAUUCAAAGCAAUACGAGCUUUGAGAAGAGACAGUCGCCCAGUCAGGGUGACAGCAGACACACAGGAGAUGAAACAAAAGGAUGUUUAGAGAGUGACUUGUGCUUCUUGUUAUGAUGAAGCCCUAAAUACAAACCAUACCAGCUCAUCCCCUUCUUUGCUCAGCAACAAAAUGGUUUUGAUUUAUUUGUGAUCACUAACAAAAAAGCAUUCAAAAAUCAGGAAAAACUUUUAUUUGACAGCAAGUUAAAGCUUCUGUGGGGAAGCAGUACGUUUGAAGGGGAAAUGCAACAGACACAGAAAACAUCAAUCAUUUUACUCUUAACAUGUUACUUUUGGCUCAUGUGUUUCCUUAUGUUCUUAAUGUGAGUGAAAUUGGAGCAUGGAAGUUACUGUACCUUAUCCUGCUUAUUACUUAUCUAAAGGUUCAUACAAACUGAUAUUCAUCAAAGUCUCUCAGAUUUAACAGAUGGAAGUAGUCGUGGUUUUACAAAUUAAUGUUUACUUUAAGCUCCACUGAGGAGUUUUGUUGACAUUUAUGUAAAAGAAUAAAACUGAUAUUCAUACCAUUUAGUUGUAUGCGAAAGUUAAUAAGACAUCACUGAAACCAAAGUGAGAGGAUAGGUGUCAGCCAAGCAGCUGAAGAAACCGCCCCUUUUUUUAUAUUUUCCACUUUAACCUCCUAAGACCUGGCGUCCACAUGUGUGGACAUCACAUUUUUGGUUGUCAAGACCACAAUAUUAAAUUUUGUUCACAAGGGCCUUCUCUCAAAAUUUAAAACGAAUGUCCUCAUUUGUGGACAUCAUUUUUCUCAGAAACUACAUCAUGUAAAAAGAUCAUUCUUUGUUUUUACACUCAUCAGGUCCCAAUUAGCCUGAAUAUCAAAGAGAAAAUAAAAAUGCAUGCCUUGCAAGAGUUCGGGUCUUAGGAGGUUAAAAUACUCACAGUCGGUCAUAUAUGGCUGUUAAAGGUAAGAUAAGAUACCUAAGAACUUACCUUUUUAUGUUUUUAAGGUAUGUUUUGUGCAUUUUAGCCUUUAAUGGAUAGGAGAAUGCAGAGAGACAGGAAACAUAGAGGAGAAAGACGAGAUGACAUGCAGCAAAUGGUCGGGCCUGGGACUGGAAACAGCAGCACCUCUAUAAGAUCCUCUUCCCUGCAGCGUUUCUGUUGCCAUUUCCCUCUCACUCAGCCAAUAACACUUCUAAAGCCCAGACCUUUUGCAUUGUGUGGUUACUUUGAGUAUUUUUGCUGCAGUUUGAUUAACAUCGCCUGCACUCAUUUCAGCUUCUUUUGUGGUCUAGCAUUCAAUGUUUCAACCUCAGGGUUUUUUGCAUUGUUUUUCUCCGUGGUCAACAGUUCAGCAGUACAGGAUUUUUUUGUUCAAGGAAUAUCAAAAUGUUUUUGCUACAUUGUCAACAGGACAUAUUAUAAAUGUACUGGGCUCCUUUCCAAAGGUUGAUUUUGGGGUUAAAUUGCAUGUCCCAUGGACAGAGACUGUGGUCUUCAAAGCAGGCAGGCUGAGUUCAGCUUGUAUUUAUGGCUCUUCUUCGCUGUAUGUCAUUCUCUACUUCCCUUCCAAUGUUCUACUUUGUUGUUUUUUUUUUUUUAAAUUUUCUACAUAAAUACCUGAAGGCCCAAAGUAUCCUUUAAAAAUUCACAACAGUUGUUAUUGGGUUUUGACCAAUCAAAAUUAGGCAUUUAGCGCAGCCCAGUGAUAAGCGAGGAAGCGUGCUAACAAGUACUAACAAUACACCUCCAUGUAUCAAAUGCAGACAGUGGGCAGUACGCAGAUAAAAUUACACAUACAAAAUGCUCUUAAUGAAUCCCUGAUUUUGCUGUGGGACUCUGGGAUCUGAACCUCAUCAAAGUCUGCUGAGGAUUUCCAGAAACCGACAAUAAGAGCCAAUUAACUUCUUUUUUUUUUUUCUUUUUUACUGUGAGCUAAAAGACAGACUAGAAAUCAUGAAGCUGUGGCUCAUGCAAACUGCGCAGAAAGAGAGACAGAAGUCAUAGUCAGACAGUGAAGUUAUGAUGCACAUGUCAUGCACACAGCUAACAUACCUCAAGUGUCAGAGAGGUUUUGUCUUUGGUUGCAUUUUUUCUACAACGUCUAUCUUUGAAGACUGUUUCUGCAGAAUUACACAUUCAUACUUCAUAGUGCUCUGGAUGGUGCUUUUAAUCCUGUGGGAUGGAUGAAAUUGGCAGUAAACAGUUGAAAAUAAUCUCACUGGAGAUAGUACAGCUCUGUGCAUACCUAUGGAGUAAAAACACGGUUCUAAUGUCAAGCAGAUCUUGUCGACUCCAGACAUGAAGACUUGACAGGUUCUGUUGAAAGUCCCGACUUCACAGCGCAGUCUAAAGGCUGCAGGUGUGAGUCCCAUGAUCCUAUCUUUCCAUCAUAGAUUUCCUCCAAACUUUAUCUCUCCCAUCUACUUUUUCUGCUAUUGGAACAAGCUGAUGAAAAAGAUCCUCUGUGAUAUAAACAGCAGGAAAAUGGGAACUUUACCUUUUUACCUUUCCUCCAAAAUUCUCAAGUCCCCAGUGUAGUAGAAACCAAAUCAGCACAAAUCUAUUUGUUAACCACAGCAAUGCAUCCUGCUGUAUCUCCACAUGAAUCCCCCAGUGGUGAAUAACCCCCCAUUUUACAGCAGUACAGUCCAGGUCAGAGGCUUCAAUGUGACCUGGAACCAAAUUCUGACAAUCACCUGUGAUUACCAAGUGCAGGGGCAGGUGCCAGGUGGAUGACAGGAUCAUGGACUGGCUUUCACAUGGUUGUAAUCAAAGUUUCUGCAGUUCUCAGUAAGGUUUAUUGUUUGUCUGCUGGAAGGAAAGCAGGUAGAGAUGCACAAGCAGGACCCCCUUUUGUUCCAACUUUUUGCUUUCAUAAUUGACACCCUCACCUCUAAAAUCUUAAGUAUCUCUUGGGGUUAAAUGUCAGUGUUUUCACAGACAGUGCUGUGAACAGUGAGUAAAGCCAGGCUUGACAUUUUCCUGGAUUUUUCACAGAUUCAAGAAAUGACGCUCUCAGCAAUUUUUGGAUGCGGCAAAACAUGCACUCUGUCUGAGACUAAAGCGCAUCAUUUUAACAAGCAAGUGUUUUGUUUCUGCGUCUUUUUUUAAAGGUGUCUAAAAGAUUGUAAUCAUCUCGAUAAGUACUAAGCCAAAAAGUGUGUUUCCGGCCAUAAAGAGGACUGAAUAUGUUGCCAUGACAAUGUUUGUGGUUAUCUUUUGUCUGUCAAAUACUAGUUACUGUACACCUGGAAAUGAUCAUUAUCUGACGCAGAGACACCUGUAAACAGCAACUGCUCCACGCCGCCAUGGGGAGGGCAUAAAAGUUAACAGUAGGAUUUGAAGAGUUCCCAAAUGGAAGCUUUUACAUUCGUAUGACUUCAGACAUCACUACAGAUGCAUUUACGCUUUUUGCAUUUUUUUUUUACCUUUUUGAUGUGAGAUAAGAAAGAGUUUUAGUUUGAAAAUUCUUACAAAAUAAAAGCCAAUUUGGAUUCUCUUGAAAAAAUAAUAGGAAAUGCAUAAUAGUUUUCUAUUUUACAACAAUACACAUUGUGAACUGUGCAGUCGCUGUGGUCCCAGCUUCACAUCUGUGUUGGCCUGUAUUCCUAGAUGACUUCGCUCUCCACCACAGAGCUUCUUACAGUUACAACACUUUCCAAGAAAUUUGUUUCACUGGUUUCCUGAAGAGGCUGACAGGCUGGCGGAGUUGGAGGCUUUUGUUUGUAAUAAUGAUGACAUGGGGAAAAUCAGUAGUGAGGAUCAUAGAUCAAAUACUUAUAGAGGCAAGAUUGAGCAAUUAGGGAAAAAGACAUUACCAGUUGAAUGCACAAAAUCUGACACACUGAAACAGUUAGAUUUACUCUGUCAUGUUCAGUAUAAGUUCCUUUUUCUAAGCUACCACACUCACAGGGUACACUUGGGUCUGUCACAGCUUCCCCUUCUGCCACUGCAUCCAGCUGUUUCUGUCAGCAAGCAGACUGAAUGCAGUCGGGAAGAUCUCACAAUCAACAUUAAGUGAGAAGAAAAAUGGAUUUUAAAGAAACCAUUACUCCUGCCAAGAGUAGUCCAAACACUUCUUGCCAGUUGACUGUCAACACAGAUGUGGUGUGUGUUUUGAAGGAGAUUCAGCAGGACAAAGAGAGCAAGAGAAAGUUUCAGAGGGGGCUAUGUGGAUAAUUUUUCUUACAGGCUGAAAAUGUCUCUGUCUCUGUCCUUAAAAGACUGGGGGAAAGGAAAAAGGGUCACUAGAAGAAAACUGGAUAUUUUUAAUAGAUUUUCUUUUUCUUUAUGCCCUAGAAUUUAAAAACAUAAGGUUCUGAUGCUUUAAGUGGUUCCCCAUCCCAUCUACUGACACGUUACCAUAGGUUAAACAUAAUUUACCCACACAUGUUACUAUGUCAUCAGGAGUUUCUAGUCAUGUUAAAAGAUUUUUUUUUCCCUGUCACAGGCCCCCCUGACAGAAACUUCCUCAGAGAGGAAAUUAAUUUAUUAAGGGAUAAUUUAUUGUUUACUUAUUUGUUUGACAUUUCCACUGUCUUGCAUUUAAAUCACUUUAUUUUCUGUUUUGUUAUUUCAUGCUUUUAUUUUGAAAUGAAGUACACAACACUUUGAAGACAUCAAUUUGAAAAAGUGAAUGAAAACAGUCAAAAUAAUUUGUUUGGAAGUAAAAUCAUAUUUCAACUUUGACUUAUCUUUUAGGGAGCUAUUACAGCCUGCUAGCUGCUGCAUCAGCUUUGUCUUACGGCAUGUGGCAACCAGAAUAAAGAAACCUUACCGUCCCUAAUUUUAAACCAAUAAGCAACACAGGGUUUCCAUAUGCUCAUUUUUAGCCCCAUGUCAAUAUUCAAUUUUUCAAGGACAGUAUACUGUGACAGCCCUAACCCGAAGAAUGCGUUUGUAAAGCUUUUGCACAACUAUUUUUUUGCUAGAUGUCUAUCAAUUUGGAUGAGGAAAGGGCCUUAUUUAUCCUCAUCCCAGAUAUUUUCCUUUCGUUUGAACUCUUCCUAUCUGACUGGGUCUUAUUUAGAUUUCCCUGAGAUAGCAUCUGACCCUGACCAGCUAAACAGAUGUUGAACAUGAAGUAACAAGACCAGUAAUUGAGCCACGUAGAGGUCCAGGGAGGUCACGUACGUAUUGACCCAUGACUCAAGUUUGAGUUAUUGCUGACAGAGACAGAUUGGGAAGCUAACUGAACAGCAAAAUGAGGUUAAUGUUUGUCCGUUUGUAAUAUACGACUGCAGCCCUUUGGGUUGUGUUUUUAUUGGGCAGAAUCUGUAAGUACUGCAAUAAAGGCAGGACAGGUAAAUGUACAUGUGUUUGUUUUAAGUCCCUCUAAUGCAAUCUAAUACCGAGGUUAGAUAGGUUAAAGAGAUAAUUCUACAAAGCUAAUGGUCCUCUCUGUUUUGCCUUCAGUCAGGUUUGAUCAGAACGCAGGACGCAGACUACUUCCUCAGACCCGUGCCCCGCAGCCUUGCUGAGAUUGAGAACUUCACAGCACCCUCCACUCACCAGCCACAUAUCCUCUAUAAGAGCGACAGAGGGUCCCCUGGGGGUCAUGAAUCACAAGGUUUUCAGAGGAGACACACAGAUUCAGCUCAUCACAAAUCACACCGGCACUCCAUCUCCAAGAGAUCUACAAACUCCAAAACAGAGACCAACUACAACACAGUUAAUGAAGAGCAGCAAAAGCAGCACCAUGGCAACGGUUAUGACCACAGGAACCAGGCGGAACAUCAGAGCAACAGCCAUCGCCAUGACAAUGACUACAGGCACGGAGAGAGGCAGAGGCAACACUUCUGUGGGAGAAGGAAGAAAUGUAUGUAAGGGCAAUUUCUCAUUUUAAUCUUCAUGUAGCAAGCAGCAUGAAUGCAAACUGCACUUUCACAUCUCUGCCCUUUCUAUGAAACAUUAACACUGCGUCCAAUGUAAAGAGUAAUUUAACACAGAGAGUUCGUGUUUUCAUCAUAAUAAUAGUUUGACAACCUGUGAAAUCUUCAGUCAUAAUUGUGAGAUCAAUUAUGUCUACUCACUGAGAGGAUAUCUUUUUCACUUUAAACUGUAAAAUUAGAUUAUGUAAUAUACUCUGUUCUACAAAAUAACUCAUCGUCAUAGUGCCCUUAACAACCCCUGGAAUAAAAACAAUAUUUGAUAUUUGACACUGAAAUGAGAGUGUUCAAAUACAAUCACAGUAUGGCAUUACACAUUACCCACAUUUGUCACCUUACACACCUUUCCUAAUUCUCCAGAUAUAACUAAAUUUCCUGUUUGAGCCCAAAGAAGUAAAGCCACAUUUCUAAGUAUUAUUAUUCCACUUACAGUGUCAUGGGAAAAGGACCGACAAAGAAUAACAGAUUCUUUUAUUGACUUUCUCCAUGUAUGAACUCUGUUGGCAUUCAACCUCCCAGUGUUGCGGUCAUGUCUUACUUAAAUGUCUAGCCUGAUUUAAAAAGAUGGUAAAUCUUAAGUCUCCACAUGCAUUUUUUUAUCUUUCGCUAAAUUCUCAGUCCCAUUGACAUGUUUGACAAACUUUCUGUCAAAGGAAAUCUAAAAAAAAUCCCUAAGAAGAGUGUUAUCCUAAUUCAUUGUUGAUGUUUAAGUGAUAGUAGUGACAUAAUCUGUGAAUGGUUAAAGAAAAUAUCACAUAUCCACUUCACACUGUGACAAAUGUUUGCUUUGAAGACAUUUUCUCAAGACUGAUUAUCUUGGUUGGGGUCACAGGGGUCUUACUUGUGAGAAAGCGGGCAGGGAUUGGACCAGUACCAUCACCAUCAUUAUUACCCUCCAGAACCACAGCCAUCUGUCCCCUUUGAAAACACACCCAUGUUUACAUUCCCACAGGAUGACAUCACUGAACACCUGUGCUGUGUUUUAGACAGAAAGGCACACUGGUGGCUCACCUGCUAUCUGCCUACAUAAGCAAACGUUCCAGCCUUUAUAGUUUGACUAAGCCAGGCAGUGAUGGGUGAAAGUUUUGAUGACCAAAGAUAACAAAAAAAGGAGAUUUGAGAUGAAGCGGUCACAUUUGGCUGAAAUACUCUCAAGCUGUGCUCUGCUUUGACUUGUUUGUACUGUUGACCUAACGUCAGCGAGUAGAAGUGGACAUGGCUGUGUGAUGUUUUCCCCAAAGGCGAGGUAGCUUCAAAGGAGAGUUAAAAACAGGGCAGAGCUGUGCAGUGAUGUUGAGAUUAAGACACAUGUUUGCAUGAAGUGGUGAUAAGUUUUCACAUAAGAUUGUGUUUUGAAAACAUCCCAGUGUACAUUUUUCUUCAAUUCAAGCUUUGCACGGGGAAAAGAAUAACUGACACACUGACAUACUUACGGUCACCAUCUAAAAUCCCCUUUUUAAACAGUUUAUGUGUAAAAACAAAGAUAAGAGACCUCAUGAUUUGGUCAAGAAAGAUGUAUCAAUUGUCAAACAUGACUUUUUUUUUUUAGCGUGGUAAAUUUCACAGAACUGUUACAAGUAGAGAACAUUUCACUCGCUGUAGCUGCUUCUAAUUUACAGCCAUACUGUGUUCUGUGUUUUCACACUAUACUAAAUGGAAACAUAACACACGCUACUGCCAGAUUCAACAGCAGAAAAAGGCUCUGUUUGCAGCACAUUGAUGACAUCAGGUCAUGAAGGUAGGAGCGUAGUUAAUCAUCUUAAAUGGUUGUCUGCUUCUUUUCAGAUUUGUCCGCUAACGCCAGCAGGCAAAGCUCUUGGCCCUACCUUCACUUAUAGAUAAAUAUUGCGCAACAAAUAAUCAUCAGUGAGAGGGAAGUGUUGUAUAUUUGUAAUAGGCGCCAUAACUACUAUUAAAUUGCUAUUAAACGCACAAUUGUUUUUUCUGUCAUUUAUCACUUACAGCUCACAACUUACUGUAUAGGAGUUUGUCCUAAAUCAUUCUGACCCUCAAGCCACAGUGUAAUUCAUAAAUGUCUGUUUAGUUUUUUCUCAAGUUUUGUCUUUUCUGCCUGAAACAGUCAAAAAGCUAUGAAAUUUUCUUAUCCUUGAUUUUUCCAGACAUGCCUAAACCUCCAGAAGGAGACGUCUUCAUUCUUCCAGAUGAGUACAAGUUCGUCCCCAGAAACAAACGGGCCGUGCUGAUGAAGAACCAGGUGAACCAGAGGCUCAACGUGGAGAUGCUGGUGGUGGUGGACAAGAAGAUGAUGGACAACCACGGCCAUGAGAACAUUACCACAUAUGUUCUGACUGUGCUCAACAUGGUGAGAAAUCCUAUGUGAACAUUGUGUGUCAGACACAGUAGGAGCAGAGGCAACGAGGAAAGAAAAUAAAAGAAAGGUAUGGGUUUUAUUAAAGGUGUGAUGUGGCUACAUACUGUAUGCUAGCCCGUACGCUCUGAACAAGCUAGCAGCCUGGUCCUUUAAAGUGUUAAUGUUACCCUUAUAAAUAUUUAACUUUCCUUUUACUUUGCUUUGUGAUAAAAAUUUACAUGUGAUGCCAAACUUAAGCUGUACAGUCCAGUUGUUCUAAUAUGUUUCUUCAUUAUACAGCAUAUAAAAGCUACAACACAGUUCAAAAUUAUUUAAAAGCUAUACAUAGAAGUUGACCACAGUUUCAAGUUUGGUGAGAAAGAGCUUAUUCAAACACAAGAAACUGAUAUCUGAGUGAGAUCACAAUCUCCUCACCCUUCUCAGCUGAUCUGCGAGAAAAUUCCGUCACUCUCGUUUUGCUACUUAAUGACUGACUGACAAAUCCAAAGAUAAUCCGUCUAUUUUGAAAACACAGUUCCUUUUAGUAGAAACCAAGCUGGUGCGGUCACAGCCUGCCUCAGAGGAGUCACCUAAAUACAGUAUGGAGUUUCACAGAAAACACCCAAGUCUCUUCCCCCAACGCCAACAACUCUCAUGAGGGCUAAAGAGGUUACUUAAUAUUUGCUUGGAGCAGCAUUUGCUCAGAUUUAUCUUCUCUUUGCAGCAGAAAAUGUUUUGUAAUCACUAAUGUAGCAAAAACACUCCACAUUUUGUAACACUAAACACUUAAACUCUAUGGUAACUGGUGCAUGUUUCUUUUAUGAGACAAUUAAAACAAUCUGUUCUGUUGAGUAUAUCUGAAAAUUCAUCAAACGCUCGUUUCCAGGAGAUCUUAGCUUAACUAAGUGGUUUUGAUUGCCUCUUUGACCUCCAAAUUUUGCUCCAACCCGGUAACAAACCUUGGCCGUGUGUCUUCUCAUGACUCAGUGCAAAGGAAGACAAAACCAUCAGGAACAUAAGGAAUGAAUGAGGCUGUUCCUGAAGAUAGAAAAAAAAAGGCUUAGUGAGUGGCACCUGAGGUAUUCAUAGGACCCUUGAGAAAGACAGGGCGAGCAAGAGCAAUAAGAUCGGGCGUCCACUUUCAAAGCCAAAACUGUUAUGAUUGAUGGUCAGAUAUCUGUGUGAGUACGAGAAGCUGAAUUGGAAACAGCAGUUGUGGCUGUCAAACAUCACUGAUACCAUCAAAAGAGGUUUAAGGUGUUAUUUCUACAGGAAUGUUAAGGUGUGUUCACUUAUAGGUUUGACACAGAUCUCUUCAUUCUAUGUGAAGAAGGUUGGGCAGUAUUUGUCUUGGUAAUCUAAGCUUGAGCUCUCACUGAAAAUGUUGAUAGUCAUCUAAUGAUUUUCAUAUUUUAAUAUACCUUGAAACUUCCAAUAAAAGCUUAUCAUAGGUGGGUCUCUUUUAGCUGCAGGGUGUGGCUGCACAUUUUACAAAUAAAGGUAGGUCUUAAUUUAAAGUUUUAUCAGGUUGUCUGUGCAAUGAAGAGCCUAGUUAUUCCCCCUCAAUGAGAUUAUAAAGAUGGCUGAAGAAAGUGAGAGGAGGGACAAGGAGGACUUGACUGCUUGUGUUGGCUUUAGGAUGAAAAUAACGGCUGAAAUAACAAAGGUAACUUAUGUUCCCCAGCUAAAAUGUUUGUUCAGAAAUAAGUUCUUUUAUAAGAAAUAAGUUCCUUAAUAAGAACAGGAUGAGUUAAUAGGUUAAAAUAAAUCAAAACCAAGGCUACUGGAUGAAGUUUUAAGGUGUUUAUGACAUCAAAGGUCCUCAUAUUCAGAUGAACUAGCAUAUUAGUGGCCUUGAAACGCACUUUUGCACUUAAACCAAACGUCUACCUCCAACUGACUCCUGUUUGAUAGACAGUCCGGUGUUAUGUGAGUCAGAACAAGAAACAUUGAUAUGUUUUGUUUAGUUUAGCAUGGUAUGCUAAGAUGCUAAUCCUCUUACAAAAAUGUCUAUUUUAUUGAUGAAGUCAUCUUGGUACUGGUGAUAAGAAAUGAUCUUUGCUUAAAAUAAAGUGGUUAUCAUGACAAAGCAACUUGCUCUAACGUUUUGAUUAGGAUUGAUCUUUAUUCUUAUUUAUUUAUUGGUACAGUAAGUGUAUCACAUAUUUUGUUCAGACUUUAAGUUUUGCCAGUGAAGGAAAGUAUCAAAAUAUGUUAAAUUUUCUCAUGAUUUAGCCUGCAAAUAAAUCUUAAUAAUGUAGCAGAUCUGAUGUGUAUUAUUAUGAUGGAACACUGACCUAUCAGAAUCAUUAAUGUCAGACUUGAACCUCUCCUUUAACUCUUGUCAAAAUUUAUUUUAAAACAAAUCUUAUUCAGGUAACAAGCUGCAGACUCUGAUAUGGUGAUUUUGACAAGACUUUGGCCUCUCUGUCCUUUAGGUCUCCAGCCUCUUCAAAGACGGUACAAUAGGAGGAAACAUCAACAUUGUGAUCGUUGGCCUCGUGCUUCUGGAUGAAGAGCAGGUGAGCAUUUUAAGGCCUGUCAGCACUGUAAGGUUAAAGCUGCAUUAUGUCAGACAAUGUAAACUCUUAAACAGCAAACUCUGAGAUUAAUCACCGCAUUGGGAUUUUUUUAAAAUUUUUUAUAUGUAGUACUCACGUAAUCCCCACCGAUAGCUGUAUCUCACUGGGUGUUUCAGACUCCAGGGGAAUGCUAAAUGCAGAUCAUUUGCUUGUUUGUUUCUAUGCCUGAAGGUCCAGAUCUCCUUGCUCUCUCAGAGAUUUUCCCGUGGUGGUCUUAACUACUAAGGACUUUUACAGUGGUUAAUUAUAGGGUAUGCAUUUCCUUGGAUCUUUGCCAGAAUAAGGGGGAAAUUCUUGCAGAGUUCAGGAGAGGAAAGGCCAGCUUGACUACAAGAAAAAAAAAAGAAAAGGAGGGAAAGAAACAGGGUAAAACAGGCGGGGCUAGUCAGAACAGAUCCCAGUUUCCAUACACCUGUGAUGGUAUUAGAUUAUAAUCUUCCUCAAGAGCCGAUAUCAGCUCGAGGAAUGUCAAAAUUUAAAAGAAUGUCCAAGUCACUCAUUCUGGGGACAACUGCACCCUGUUUUAUCAGUGUUACUCCAUAAAUCAACAGAGCACCUUUGACAUGAGUCUCAAGAAAAAGGUUAUGCUUUUUAAUCUGACACGCUUUAGAUUUAAAUGAUAACAUUUGGCCACACAGUCUCCAUUUAAAAUGAUAACAUUGUCUCUUUCUCUGCUUCCCAUUAUCUGAUUUGCAGGAUGGCUUGGUGAUCAACCACCAUGCAGACCACACACUGAACAGCUUUUGUCACUGGCAGUCGACGCUGGGAGGCAGGGAGGGCCGGCACCACGACCACGCCAUCCUCCUCACAGGACUCGACAUCUGCUCGUGGAAGAAUGAACCCUGUGACACUCUUGGUACAUCUUCUCCUUCCUCCAAACAUUAACAAGCAGAUUUUUGGAUCGCAUAAAGUGCAAUCGAGAGUUUACGAAGAUAAAAAAGCAAAUACUGAUACAAGUUUUAGAAAACAACAGCAAAAGUGUAAUUGUCUAACUUCAGCUUUAAUCCCAUCUGUCCUCAUUAUCUGUUUGUUGCUUACUUUUGAUACAAAUAUUUUAUUCUUUCUUGCCCUCUGUCUUUUUCCAAAGAGGUGGCCCUGUCUUCUGUCUAUGUGAUAGAGCAUUACAUCAGCCAAACCAGAUGUUUAAAAAUGUACUUAAUCCAACUCUCUUCAACGCCACAGCAUCAUCAACUGAUUAAUAAAGCCAUUAGUGUCAAAGGUGAAAGAAAGCAUCAUAGAGGAGUAAAUCUGCAACAUAUUUAUCAGUUGCAGUACAGUACAGAUCUCCAGAAAAAUAGCUUUGCAGAUGAGUAGCACUAGGAGACUAUAUCCUCUCAAAGAACAACCGUGUUUUCACUUAAAUCACAGGACGUCCAGAAGGUGCCCUUUAGCUAUCAUCUGCGCGGACCAGGUCCGGCUGCUUUAAACAAACACAGUCAUUGUGACUGUACGCCAUCUAACAAACUAACAACAGCUUGUUUGCGGUAAUGACCAUGCAACACAUUGUUGUCUUCCUCACGGUGAGAAAAAACAUCUAUAAUGUCUUCCUGAGAAGCACAGAGUGAGGCACACACAUGUGGAAACAAACACACACUACCUUUAAACCCCAGACUUAAGUUCUGACUUCAAAGUGCUGAGGCUAGCAUUAUCUCUAAUCGUGGCCAUGAGACCCCAGUUCAAAGGUCUGUGUAUGCCUGCGUGUAUGCGCUGUAAAAAAGAAGAGUAAGCUCUGACUUAUUCCCAAAGGUACACUGCAAAAUGACCUUUCGUGUUACCAGUCAGUAUGCAACACAGUUUAUUUGUAGUACUAUAACAGCCCUAUCCUGUAAUGUUUUCCUCCAUUCAUCAAAAGCAGUAUAUAGUGCCAAUGAUCUACCACUUUGCUGACACAAAAAAUUAAACCAAGUGAUAGUUCUCACAGUCAAUCUGCCGGCUUAUGUUUAAAAUCAUGAUUCACACCAGUUACAUACAUGAGAACAUUAUAUUAGGGGUUGUGCACUCCAUCACACUCGACUUAGAGCUGUAAAAUAUCAAAACAUAAGACUAAAUUCUCCCUCAGACACUGAGACAAAAACAUUAAGAGAGGCCCCUGUGGGUCUUAUCCUUUUUGAUUCACAGCCAGGGGUGCUCUGUGUGUGAAUGUACAUGUGCAUGUGUGUUAGGAGGGAGGAGGCACGAAAAGAGCUGAAUAGUAAGAGGGAGUUUAAUAGACAAUGAGAGAUAUGAGAAAGAAGUGAAGACAGACAAAGAGUGUUUUACAAUGACGUGGAAGGUAGCAGGGGGAUCCAGGAAUGUUCCCACAAGAUCCCAUAUUUUGACAUGAGAAGGAGGUUUAACCCAGUUAUGUUGUGUUUGAAGUUUUAGAAGCUCUCAGCCCAAAAGUCAUUCAGACUUAGGGUAAGGUUUCUGCAAUGACUGAUGAAAUAAUUUAAGUUUGAUGUCAUUUUCAUCUCUGGUUUUGCAGGAUUCGCUCCAAUAAGUGGGAUGUGCAGCAAGUACCGAAGCUGUACCAUAAAUGAGGACACGGGCCUGGGUUUAGCAUUCACCAUCGCACAUGAAUCAGGACACAAGUAAGGAUCCGCAAACCUCGAGAGAUCUCAUCAACAACAACAAAAAAGACUCAAAAAUAGCAUUUGUGGUGCUGUCAGGGACAGUGUGCAGAAAUUGGAGUAUUUAGUGGUAUCUCAUGAAUCCUUACUCAUCCUUCUUGUCAGUAGAGCAACAAUAGAUUUCCAGUACAAAAAGCUCCUCUAUGAUCCUCUACUAGUCAAGUUUUCAAGAACAACAACAUCAAAUACUCUCUUUGUCUUAUUUUUCAUCUUCCAACCUACAUUUCACAUAGCCGAUCGCUGCAAAAUUGCACAUGUAAAAACACUGAGGUGGCAGAUGGCAGCUCUUAAGGAUGGGGACAGGCUCCUUUGUAGACAGAGAGAUUCAUGCAGUUAAAAUUCAUACACAAAUUUAAACAUGAACAUGAAUACGGUAUUCUAUUUUUUGUACUAAAUCUUUUCUGCUAAAAGUUGCUUUAAAGAGAUAUUCCAGCAUAAAAUUAAAUGAGGGGCAAACACACAUUAACACCGAGUUGGACACCCUGUCGGGAGAUUAAUGUUGCCAACCGCUUGCUUCUCUAGUUAUACCAACUUUAAUAACGACCGCACAAUAGCAAUACACAGCGGUCUGAGGAACCAUAAACAAACCUCAACCAAAACGCAGCUCAAGGAAGAACAUUUGUGAUCAUUUCUUCAUGGAAAGGCAAUCAGACCGAGACGCUAAGGCAAAAGAACUACUGUGUCUGCAGUGUAAAAUGAUUAUUAAUAUGGAGAUUAUUACUUUAAGGAAAAGAUAAAGAAAUGAUUAUUUCACUGUACUGUAAAGCUGUCUACCUAGUGUUAAUGUUUCUGUCCUGUCAUCCACCAGAGAGAUUGAAAAUAAUCCCAAAAUAUGGUAACAAAUACUGAAAAAUGUAUAAAGUUUAAGAUGCCAUAAUAACUUAGCAAGCAAAAGAGCUACAGCGGCAGUCUUCCAGAUGUGGUGGCCUGACUCUGAAGCCUCAACAAGUGAAGAUGAAUCAGGGGCACUUUAUUUACAAUGGAUCAAUUACAAUCUGUAAAUUAUGUCCAAAAAUACUAUCAGGAGCCAAGCUGCUUGAGAUAUUCAGACUGACCCAUAUGAGUCAUAAAUAUAUAAAUAAGAGCAUAUGGUCUAAAAACGGAGUAUUACAGCAGGAUUUUCCAACCAUGAGAUGUGAAGCAGCACUUCCUGAAGCCUUUUUUUAAUCUUUUCUGCAGGAAGAGAGGUCAACCACUCUUGGAAAUAAAGCUCUCCUCAUAAGAUGCAACUGUAAAAAGUGGAGAAAAACUGCAGAUCAAAAAAACAUAUCUAAAAGCAUAAAGCUAAAUCCCCCAAAUACAAGUACAAGCAGAGUUAUCCAAAAGCUCCAAUUUCAUGUUUGAAAAUGAAAAAUAGCUUAACAAACUGGACAUGUAGCUCAACAACACAGAGCAUAAUAAGAAAUGAGGCAUCACUUAAGUACCAUGAUGCCAGAGGCAGAAGUAAUGAAUGAACAGACUACCAGCAGGGACAGACCUGGAGACAGUAGCCAGCUGACUCUCAUUCCCUAAUUCAUGCCAGAACCAACCAUCAGGAACUGGUAACACCGAAAAGACAGACUCACAAUUCAGCGACAUAACAACAGACUCACAAACCCUGGUGCUGUGCGGUCACCAAGUGUAAAUAUGGCUCAACAUUAACGACUUACGCGACACCAAAAAAUGUGUUGUGAGUCAUUUUUCAGAUCUCUGCGUGCUAGAAGUUUGAAGCUGGAGUUUCACAACUUCAGAUAUCUUGAACAUAUUAUGCUGUCUGUUAGCUUGUCUUUGCUACAAACACAUUAAUAUAACACCUUUUUUUACUCCUGCCUAGUUUUGGGAUGGUCCACGACGGUGAAGGAAAUGUUUGCAAGAAAUCUGAGGGCAACAUCAUGUCACCAACAUUAGCCGGUCACAAUGGCGUCUUCUCUUGGUCCGCCUGCAGCCGCCAGUACCUCAGCCGUUUCCUCAAGUAAGAAACCACUUUUCUUUUUUUACUGCAAAACGUUUGUUGUGGCGACAAUGCUGAGGGGGUUGAUUUAAGGAGCUCACUAGCUCAGAACGACAUAAAUGGGUAUAAAUGUUUUAAGAGUCUUAUUAGGCUUUGAGGACAUACCAUCACUUCCACAUGGCUCAUUGUUGUGUAAUGAGCAAAUCCUCAUGCAAACUUGAGUUAAGUGCUCAUGCAACAAAGACAUAAGGCACUGCAUCACUUUUAUACAACAAAAUUAUUAAAGCAUGAGUCCCCCCAAGUGCCUUCAAACAUGCAUUGUGUUUAUAUUUUUCUACAUAUGUUACUAAUAGAUGAACAUGUGUUGUAGAAAAAACAUGUCAGCAGGAGAUAUAUCAGUUACAAAUGCUGCUCUGAUCUACAGAGUGCUGAGAGAAAAACGGUACUUAUGUUAUAACUUAUACAGGACAUUCUUUAUUUUUGUUAACUCAAGGAAAAACAGACUUGAGUGUGUGUGUGAGACUAAAAUAUUAAGGUGACACUGCAAAGAAGUGGUUUGCAGGACUGUUAUUUAAAGUGUUGUUUUACAGAUUGCGUACUGUGUGUGUCAUAUGUCAAGUGAAGGGAAAUGGGCAACAUUUGUGUGUGUGUGUGUGUGUGUGUGUGUGUGUGUGUAAUAACUGCAUUCUCAUGCAUGCAGCCUGUUAAUCCAAGCGAGAGCAACAAGCAUCACAGGCACAGCGUCCAUGUGUCUGGCUGCGAUUCUAUGAGCCUGUGCGUGUGUGUGUGUGUGUGUGUUGAAACCAGAUAACCCACAGCCAGUCACCUCCACUAAAUUUACCAGUGUGUUAACCGAACUGUCAGGUCUCCCCUCUCAGAGUGGUGGAGACAGACAGUGUAUUUCCUCGCUGAGUUAUUAGAGCUGGGGUGACCUCACCCUUGUUAGGCCUGUCAGCUUUAUAUUAAACUCCCAUCACCCUCUGAGGCCACGUGGAGGGGAUCUCUGCACCACUGAAACAGCCAAGAGGUCUUCUUCCCGCACAAUCACGGCAUGAUAAACGCUGAAAUGUCUCACGUUCUUUGAGCAGCAAUCAACAGACUGGCAUGAUGUUUGAGUGGUUUCUUUUUUGGCUAAGUGUGUCUCAGUGCAUUAACUGACCCUACUAAAUUUCUCCACAUUUGUAUGUGCCAUGGAGAGGAUUGUUGUGUUAGCCAACACAAUUUACGUCACACUCACUCUAAAUCUGCCUCUACUCAGCCAGUUAUGACAAAGAGGUCUGUGCAAACACUGUGUGCACAGUCAGAUGCUUAAUCUGAACUCUUUGUCAUGCUUAACAUGGAUAGACAGCUCUCAUGGCAGGGUGAAAUCCCCUCAAAGUCACUCAAAGUUGUUUUCUGUUUGCAUGGCCACUGGUGAAAGCCAUCAAGAAAGCAGUGAUUCAUGAAAGUCUGACUUCACUUUUCCCAGAGUCAGGAACACGCUGCGAAGGACUUUGGACACAUUUGAGCAGAUUUCACAAGGGACAUCUUUUAGAUUGUUUUCGAGGCUUGUGUGACAUGUUUUAAAAUGUUUUGUUGCUUCAUUGGAAAGACAGUAAGAGUGACAGCACUUCAGGUCUGUACCAUAAAUAUUGGUUAUGAGGCUAGCAGCCAGUUAUCUCAAAGCAAGACAGCAAGCCCAGCAUCAAAAGAGUAAUAUCCAUUUAUCAUCACUUCUGAAGCAUCUGCAUCUGCCUUCUUUACGAAUGUUGACAAGUUAUGGUGUAAAGACAGGUUUAGUGGAUCGGUCUAUUUCAUGGAGGUUACAGCUAGGUUAAGCUUCAUGCUCACUGCAGCACAGUUCUGGCUCUUGAGCUCACAUUCAGGGUAACUGUAAAGCUUGAGUUCAGUGAUGCUAGAACAAUCUCACAAUUGGGUUAUCUUAUCGUGAAAGAUAGUAUACUGAUGGUAUAGUUGGUGUCUUUUUUGUUUGAUGCAUGAAAAAAAUUUGUAAAAUUUUUAACACCCAACAAUUUCAAACAACAUACUGUUCCUAUCAAUUAUCAGCUGAUGUACUGGGUACGCAUUUUCCAGCCUUAUCGGGCGUUUGCACCAAGCACGAGUAAAAUUCGCGAGAAUCUAGACUCGUGAAUGAAAAAUAUUUACUUGCUUCAAUGGUGAUUUUAACGGUAAUCCCUGCCAAUUCAACUGUUGGGAUCAAGUGAUAGACAAAGGUUUUUUACAAUUUACCAGGUAACCCAAUCUCCUCAUUCACUUGCCUCCAGGUGAGCUCUUUUUUAUUCUGGUUUCUCGUUUAAUUGAAAGAAAAGGUAUCAUACAAUUCGGGGCAUCCACAGACAGAAACAAUCAGUUUGUCCUACCAAUGAACAACCGCCCGUUGUCACCCGGCAACCUUCGUGCUGAUCAGUUAUCGCUAUAUGAAUAUCCGCUCAAGUUGAGACAUUUUAAGCUCCUGCCUAAUUUGCAUCAUUCGCACUGCCUGGGUAGUUGGAGCAUCUAAUCACAUCUUUGCAUUGACUUGACAUGUAAUGCAUCCACACAAAUGAUUUUACUGGCAUUUGGUGUGUGGAGACUGUUACUGUUUUUUAAGCCUUAUAUAUUAGCUUUUACUUUAAUGCAAACAGGCUUCUUGUGUCCGCUAAUGCUGUUUUUUGAGGCAGCUGUAACCUCAGUUUUGGAAAAGAAAAUGUGAAAGCGAUGGAUAGAAAUAGUAUUGUAGCAUCAGCAGCUUGAGACCUGAAAAUGUAUAUAAUAAAAUUAGUACAGAUAGUUUAUGUUUCACUAUUAUUGUUGACAAAAACAAAAAUCCCGCCUUUUCUUGAUUCUGAUUGGUUGGUGAUCAAAAGGGCACACAAACAAGCAUGGCAGUAUCCCAAAUGUUGAGUUAUUUUCAGCUUAGAGGGCAGCUAUUAACAUCAGCUGAGAGCAGAAAGGGAUGCUUGAGUAAAUAAAAAGGUGCCAUCAGAUGUUCUCUUCUGGAGAACAACUCCCUGAAUGUGUUAUUACUUUCAAUUUAGUUUGUCCUAAAUUGAGAUUAUCUUUUAAAUUAUCAGCUAUGAAGUCUGUAACAUGCACCCCUUUAAAUAGCGCCUGGAACUGAUGAAUCAGCAGAUCAACAGGGAGUCCUUGAAAAGAAUGGGUGCUUGUUUUCUCAUUUAUUUUAUUUAUUUUUACCCCAGCUGAUGAUAAUCUUGUGGUGUAAACUGCUUACAGCUUAACUUUGGGAAAACAUUUUGUUCUAAUCCUCUCACAGACCCAUCAGUGGAAGGAUGAAGCUGUUUUUAAACAAAUCUGUCCUGAGGUCUUGCAAAUGAGGCUACAUUGGCCUUGUAAUUUUAUGGGGGACUGCCUGUGCUAGCCAGCAGGCCUUCCUUGUGCGCCUGCUGAUGUGUGAACACUAUAAAUGUAAUGUAUUUCUCAGAUACUUUAUAAUGGGAAUAAUGUAGAAUAUCAGAAAACUACACUUGCAGAACAGCCAUUGUUCUGCGUGGACACAAAGGGGCCAUAAAGCUACAGAGAAUCUCUCUCUCUCACACGCACACACACACACACACACACACACACACACACACACACACACACACACACACACACACACACACACACACACACACACACACACACACACACACACGUAUAUUCUCUGCUAAAGCAAUCAGGACCACUCACUAACACAACCAAUCCUUCCAACAUAUUUGCUUUUUCAUGCUCUUUCCAGCAUAUUCUUGUAUUAUAUUCCCUGGACUGCAGUGUUUAAGCAGUAAAACAUCUCCAUAUAGUAACGAGUGAUAUCAGUUAACAUUGGAAACCCCCCUGCUGGUGUUAGGAUAUGAGCGAUAGGGGUAGGGAUUUUUUUAUUUUUUAUGUCUGUUUUAAUUAAGUGUCUGAUGCAUUAAAUACUGUUUCUCUCAAGGUUUGAGUUUGGCAGCUUGUUGUGUCUCCAUGGCAACACUUCACAGCAGUCUCUAAUAUGGGAAACAAUGGAACAGAGUGGACUGAUGGACAGAUUUCUGUGUGCAAAUGAUGAAGCCUCACACACUGGCUUCUUUACAUACAUAAACACAGGCACCAAAUGACAUGUCUGUUAGAUUGUUCCUGUCUGCGCAUACCACCAAUGUUGUAUUCAGGGUAACUGUUGAUUUCUCCAUCAUUUGUUACUUACCCUCCUUUCUUUUUCUUGGUGUUUUGCUUUCCUCUGACCCCCACUCUUUUCUUUAUGCUGCUCUGCUCCCCUUUUUCCUCCUUUGGCUUGUUUUCUCUUAUUUUUACAUUUCUUUCUUUCUUCUUCCUUUAUUUUUUUUACCUGCUUUUGCAUUUGUCUCUUGCAUACCCACCUCUCCUUUCUGACAGUUCUGCCCAGGCUCUGUGCUUAUCAGAUGAACCCCGAGCAGUAAAAGAGUAUCGGUACCCUGAGAAGCUGCCUGGAGAACUGUACGAUGCAGACACACAGUGUAAAUGGCAAUUUGGGGAGAAGGCCAAGCUCUGCACCCUUGACUUUAAGAAGGUAAGGAUGAUGUCUGAGGACAGUUGCUUAAAGACCCACUCUGAUGAAAAUCAUGUUUAUCUUGUUUUUCAUAUGGUAUUUUUCUGAUGCUACAGGACAUAUCAUGAGAAAAAUAAGUGCAAAAUAGCAUCUCUGAGUAUUUCUGUAAAUCUGCGAAUCUGUGGCAGACCCAAAUGGGAGGUUCAGAAACAGUGAGAUUUCCUACGUAACAAAUCCAAACUCCGCCCCUAGAGUCCCACUGUGCAGGUCACACUCGGGAGAGAAAGAUCGCGGAAGAAGUGUGUGUGGUAGCGGAUUGCAAUGCUCGUAAGGAAGCGAAUAAUGAUAUUAGCUUUCAUCGUGUCCCUAAAGACAUUAGUGUCUGACAGCUAAAUAGCUCCUAUGUUACCUGCCACUUCUGCUGCACAAGCAAUGUUAAUCUGCAAGCUAGCGUGAAGACGUGUGUGCAGAGCAGCGCUAUUUCCGCCCACAGCUCAGAGGUGAAUUACUAAUGAUCUACUGGAGCUCUGCAGAAGAAACCACAAUUUAAAGACCACUGAGAACACUUCAAGUAGUAAAAAACAAAAAAAGGAUGGUAGUGGGAAUUGAAAUAUGAGUGCUUAAAGAGUUUGGUUGCAACCGCAUAUAAAGAUAAGCAAAAAGAAGUUAAGAGUUUCAUCUUUGUAAAUAAGGUCAAGUAGAAAUGGAAUAAAGGAAAAGAGAGGGAAAUGACAAACUCAGCAGAGUUGUGUGUCUAUCUGCACGCACACAUGCACACAAAUACAGGGAUAUCAAACAUUCUCACACGCAAAAUAAACAGGGGGAGAGUCAUAAUGAUGCCGAUGAAAUACUCACAGGAAUGGGUGACUAAAUAUAAACUGGAGUGAUGCCAAUGGGAAUCUUUCCUCAUUGCUCUCCCAUUGUCUCAUUGGAGCUUAUAUUUCACUUUGAGACUUUCUGCAUGGCCCACAUAGGGUUUAGGUUUCUUUACGACACAGUACUGACCCUAACUCUUACCUGAAGAUCAAUCUGUGCUCCCAGAGACUUCAGAUAAACGAUUGUUACCAUGACAGUUACACUUAUUACCAUGUCAGGUCAUCAAAUUCUAAUGCAUUGUGUCUUUACAUUUUGAUCUUUUGACAUCGGUUCUGUUCGAAAGAAGGACUUAAAAAACACAUUUUAAAUAAGAAGGAAUUUUUAGGUAUAUAACGUGACAAUGCACUUGUAGCCUUGCUGUUUUAGAAAAGGUCUGGUGCUAUCUGGCCAUCAAUAGCCAUCUGCAUAUGGUCAAAGCAGACAGAUUUUACAAAGGGGGGUGUUUGUUUUCUGUUUUAUUCUGGCUGAAAGCCAAGUAUGGUAGUUUAAAGUACCCUGAAUGCCAGACUCAAAUUUAGGUCAAUCCUUGAACUUAUUAUCGACAGGCAUAUACAGUAAACUUCAAAGAUUGGAUGCAAACGUUUUAGUGAUCCUGAUGUAGCCUGUGAUUUUUUGUGACUUCUUUUUUGGUGCAGCGUUUACAUCUGCUACAGCGAGGGCUGUAUUUCUCGGUCCAUUACAUCCCUCUGUACAGCACCCUUCAAUCUGUUUCAAUAGGUCAGUAUAGCCUAUUAGCAAGGACACAAUGUGUAAAUGUUUGAUUCGUUUGUUCACUAUUUUCUUAAACAUAAUUGAAGGACAUACAAAGGAGAUAUGAGCCGGCUGUCUCUUCUCUCGUAAAUAUAGACCUGGGAAUAUGCCUCCAAAUGCAUCAGCGAUUAUUGACUGGAUAUGAACCUGAGAAAUCAGCACAUGGUGUGCUCCUCCACCUUCUCGCUUCAACUUUAACACACCCAUGCAUUAUUUCAGCAACAAGAUAUUUGAGAAUUGCUCCCCUGUGGUUUUAUUUCGGUCUCAAACUAUCCUUUCUCAUGCACCUGGUUGUAGCAAGGUGCACAGGACCCUAAAAGUCCCUGAGCAGCCAUCACGCUCACCGUCUGUCCAGACACUUGUUACUAAUAAAAAACACUUCAAGAAUAAGCCUCAGAGGUGCAAUCAAUCCUGUGAUGAAUUCAUACUCCAGUAAACUUUUUCAAUGCCUUUGGCAAGACAAGGUGAAGCAAGGAGCCAAAUGAUACUCUUCAUGUUGUUUUGUGAGUUUACAAUUGAUAGGGAAAGUACUAUGUAUGUUUUUUUCUCUUUUGAACAUUGUCUCACUGUGUCAAUCAUAUCUCAGCCUUUUUUGCCAUCCUCUAAUUUAUCCUUUCUCUCACUCACUCGCUCACCCUGUCUCUCUCUAGCAUUUUUACUGCCACAAAAAGACCUGAGCAAGCAAAACAGCUGGACAAAUAGGCUUUGGGAUGGAGUCCAUGGUGGCUUUUGGCAGCAGCAAACUGAGGCCGAGGUGCCUGUCAGCAUCUGCACCGAGUUGUCAAAAUCUGAUAUAGUCAUUCAGAUAGUAAGAGAUUAGACAUGUUCAAAAGUAGCCAGCUUUCCUUCUCAGGCAAUAGUCUCCCAGCUGAAUCUGUGAGACCACUGCUGAGAAUUACUGCCAUGACAUCAUGAAUGUUUGGUUAUGUAAUUAAGCACUUUUAAUGAAAAUAAUUGCCAGGGAUUACAUGUUUAUUUUCAUUUCCAGAUCUUGUGUGUUACUCUUAUUAUUUUGUUAGGAAAAGGGAAGUGCAGCUUCUUUCAUGUUUUUUCUCUGUCAUCAUAUAACAGAAAAGGGUGUGCAUUUUUAUUUUCAUGCAUUUCAGCGCCUGUGGGAUAAUGCCUUGGACCAAAUCGCAGGAUUUUUCUUCCUUUUUUUUUCCUGAAAUAUUGUCAUCCUAACUACUGAAGCAUAAAUAUUUGGUGGAUACAAGGGUGCUGCACGCUGAUAGUUUGCCAGAGAUCGUUAUAAAGACCCUCUCUAUUUCAAUGCGUUUCCAUCAACAUGUGUUAAAAGCUCUCUAGCGGCCGAUUAACAAUGUAGUCGUCAUUUAUCAUCGUUCUUUUUGCUAGUUUUGUUUAAAGCUGUUGAGAGAUGGAAAUAGAGCAUGCUGCUUCUGAAAUCCAGCGCUGAAAAAACUUGUUUGCACACGUUUUGACUCACUCUUCCUCAUAUUGUUGCAGGAUAUCUGCAAGGCUCUGUGGUGCCACCGUGUUGGGAGGAAGUGUGAGACCAAGUUCAUGCCAGCUGCUGAAGGAUCCGCCUGCGGCCCUGAAAUGGUGACUUAACACGUGUUGUUGUUGUUGUGUGUGUGUGUGUGUGUGUGUGUGUGUGUGUGUGUGUGUGUGUGUGUGUGUGUGUGUGUGUGUGCGUGCGUGCGUGCGUGUGUGUGUGUGCAUUAGGUGGAGGGGUUUGGGUGAUGUGCUCUUUGGCUCUGCCAACUCAAGAGUGGUGUCCCAUGACUCGCAUGGGAACUGUUUCAUUUGUUUUGGACAUUUUUGUCUUUGGGGCUAUUGAGCUUUUACCAAAGAUGUUUCUAGAUAUUAGCAGAGACAUGCAGCAAAAGGUCUGUUUACAGGAUGCCAGUAUUUAAAAAAAAAAAGACGAGAAGGUUUCUUGCCAUCCAUCCAAGUGUCAAAAAUCAUAUCAUCCCAUCACUAUGAUAAGUUUGUCUUUGCAAAAUUGACUUUGCAGCUGAUACUUCUUGGAGAUAUCUUUGUGUAGUUUACAUAAAUAAGGACAGCAUGUGUUUUCUGUAAUGUCUGUUGCCAGCACAUCACUCCUUGGCAACAUUUAACCAAAUAAAACACAAAUGAAAGACACCAAACAAGAGCCUUUUAACAAACACUUCUUUGCAGCUUCGGUGAAAAUGUCCCCUACAGCAGAGCAACAAAAUUCAAACAAGAACAUUGGAAGUGACAGCUCUCAUAUGCACAGUCCGGUUUGAAGAGACUAUGCUGCACAAGACACAUGAAAUGAGUCAAUUCUGAGUAGAUUUUCCCUUUAAGGCAUCAGUUGGCCCUCAUAUUUUUUUUUUCCCAAAUGCUGCUUAGUAUUAUCAACUGAGUGACAUUUAGUAUGAUAGAUUUCUUACGUGUAGAUUCCUCCUCCAAGAGAAACCACUGGGGGAGCCUCUGGGAGAGAAGACUGCAUUAGAUAAAGCAACUGGUGGUUUAGGAUAAAUUUAUGGAUAUACCAUUAUAAAAGUAACAUUUAUUGGGUGUUUUAGUGUUAUAUAACACUUAUACUCCCAUUCAGUUUGGUCAUUUUAAGACAAAAGGCCUUGAACUAAGCAACGCUGCACUUUUAACAGCAUCCUCUUACACGCUCAUGUCUCUGUCCCAGUGCAGACUAAUAAAUCUCAUUGUAAGAGGAUAGUUUGGACCAACUAUAUUUGAUUAAGAUUUCGGUUCAUUUGAGUUCAGUCUCAAUAAAAUCUCUCUUUUUGAUAGGUAAAGCUCUCCUUCACUGAUGCACCUCAGGGAGCAGCUGCAAUCGGUUUGUUGCUGACAGGGCAAAAAAAAAAAGCCAUUGGAGUUUGGUCCAAAAAGCAAUCUGUGCUCUUUAUUUAUUCUUUGUUCCUUUUACGUACUUCUUUCAAGAUGACUCUCCCCCAAGGCUUGCUCUCCUCUCACCCUCGCUCUCCUGACAGCCCCUCAUUCACAUUUGCUUCUCAAUAUAUUGGACUUGAUGGUUUAAUCCCGCCCUCUGCCUCCAUGGGACAAUUAAGUGAACGCAAACAAUGACAGGUCCACUUAGGAAUCUGUGGCACUCAGCCGCAGGGGGAAAACUGAGGGGAAAUCAGCUGUUCUUGCUCUUAGUCAAGGACCACGAGAUUAGCGAGAGGAGCGUGUGUGUGUCUAUGUGUGUGUAAGCUCAUUUGCAGGCAUGAACACACAGUGGGAACAUGAACAGCUGAGCAUAUGCCCCCCCUAUCAAAACUCAUGCAUGAGUGUGUGUGCUGGCAAAAGGUCCCUGAGAUCACUGUAAGCAGAGCAGUGAAGUAUAUUGUGACUGAUGUCAUCUUGACAUCUUGUACAAAUCCAGUUCAAUCCAGCGCCAAAAAGCAGCUCGUGACAUAGUGUUGCUUUAAGUGAGUCGAGGUUUUGCAAAUAUUCUCACAUUACAUUAUGGAUUUGUUGCUUAGUUUGAAACACGUGACAUGUUAGUGGGUGACAUGACUCAGCCCUUUUUGAAGGAAAUACUGUAAACAGUUUGUUUAAGCCAUAUGAGGACCAUGUGUCCUGUACUUCCUCGAUCAUCACAUGUGGGAAAAGGCAAGCGUUUUUGACAACGUGUUUACACAUGAUUUGCCAUUUGGUUAAAAAAAAACCUUCUUUGCUUUGUUUGGUGGGAAUACAUGUGGUUAUGUUUGGUCAAAGUCGCCCUUGUGUAUCCCAAUGAAGUUCCCAGCUCAAGAGAAAAAAAAUACAGGGAGUAAUUUCAUGUGUGCAUUACAUGUGUAAUACCAGUCAAAGUUGACUCUUAGUGAGUGGUUUUGCUUUGGGCAGAGCAUGAAAUAAAUCAUGGGAGUCUAUGUUUGAGUUUAAUUCUUUAAAACAUUUCACACACACCAAAUUCAGAGACUUAUUAACUAGUUACAGAAAAGCACACCACUGUUAAAAUCCAUCCCAUCACAUGGACGGCGCAUUAGGACAAGGAAUCCUGCUUUGAAUUAACACACAUCUCCAGUGUAGUUCAAAGCCCCCUCCACCUUCAUCCUUACAUUAAAAAUUUAUAAGGAUGACAACAGUCAUGCAGACAAACAGUACACAUGUGCUAUCAAGAUGGAAGAAAUGAAAUGGUGGUGAUUAUUAACUGAAUGGAUGAUGUUCUUAGGUUUAUCAGGGCAAUGGGAAAAACUACACUGGAGAGUGAAACUACAGACAGUAAAUUAUGGAAUCUGUGCUAUAGCAGACUGUGCAUGAAAAUACAGAGCAGAUCACCUCUCUGGAAGUCAACAUAAGGCUGUUCCAUUAUAAUAGACAAAAUGCAGUCUGAGAAGAAACAUGAACAUCUAGUGUAACAUAUUCCUGACUCUAAAGCAGAGGGUACCUUUUCAUAUUUUGGAAUGACACUAAUGUGACAAUGAAUUUUCUCACAACAACCAGCUGAGAAAUAUUCAGUCAUUCAUGUAUGAGAAGUGAGUUUUACAUAACUCCAAUCAUUGUCAUGGAUGUUGGGAUGGUGGGCUGUCCUUAAUGUGAUCCAGCGCUCUGCCAGUCCAGAGUUGACAAAUGUCUCCCAGACCACCUCUGUAUGAGGUCUGAGCGAUCACAUCUCAAUUUGUCUUCAAGGCCGAUUAUUAUGCAGGCCGUUGUUUGUACCCUCCACAAAAAUGUCAUCAUAGUCAUUUCAUUACUUUGUUUUAAUAUUAAAUUGAGAAUAGCUGUUUUCUGACAGUUUUUUAUUUCUUGACUGCUUUGAAGAAGAAUAUUUCAAUAAAUGUAAAUGAAUGAGUGUAAAAUUAUGGUUUCAAAAGGAUCCAGGCAAGAUAUGAUCAUCUUUUUCCAAUUUGUAGCUGUGUUUGAUUUAGCUCUGCUAGCUGAUGACAGCUCAUGGGAGUGACUGUCCGAAGGGUACAGCUGCAGUUUCACUGGUAGGUUGUGAGUAUAUACCCAGGUCUGGAACAGGGGCUUUUUGAGAGCAGUUAAUCUUUGAAUCAUACCUGACAGACCUCUCCUUUGGUGAAACAGAGUCAUUGUGAGGAGGGGAAAAACACAGGGCCCUGUGAAAAAGUUCUGUUUGUGAUAUGUUUCUCUUGGUUGUGUAUGUUUUUACAUCUGUUUUCCUCUGCUUUUCUCUGUCUCAACCACCUUUCCUUUCUCUUUUCCAGUGGUGUCGCAGGGGACAGUGUGUGAAACAGGGGGAUGAAGGCCCGAGGCCCCAGCAUGGACACUGGUCAGAGUGGUCAUCCUGGUCUGUCUGCUCCCGGAGCUGUGAGAGUGGAGUCACCUACCGGGAGAGGCAAUGCAACAACCCCAGGUAGGCAUAAAUACAGUAAUAACAGAGCCAAACCUUUCCAAAUCAGUGAUGAACGAGAACAACAUAUGGAGCUAGAGGCCAACAGACGAUCGAUUAAGUGUAGCUAGUCCUGCUCAAUCAUCUUUUAAAUUACACAAAACAAGAUUCAUGAAACGCUAACAUGAGUGGCAAAAUGUAACGUAAGCUUAGCCAUCAACACAUGGGAGCAAUGUCAUCAGUUAUUCUUAAAGGUAGCACAUUAUCCAAACUAAAUACUGUAAAAAAUGUUAAUUUGACUCCCAUGCUAAUGCUAAGUUAAAGUCUUUAGAUAUGUUGAGAGAGCCAGGGGAAAUAAAACCUUAGUUCGCACAUUUAUGAAGCUCUCUGAAUAGGAAGGGCAAUACAAGUUAACCUACGGUCAGGUUAACUUUCUUUUGAGGUCUAACUAUCUCCAGAGAGAGAGGAGCUCUGUGCUUUAGCCAUUGUUUUUUUGUGUUUUUUUUUAAAUACCAUUGGAUGUUGUUAAAAGAGGUCGGUAAUCAAUUCAGUGAGGUAAACUGCACUCCAAAGUGUUUUGGGGUGUGCAUCAAGUGUUUUCUCAAGGUGGCGAAAGCUCACAUCUCUAACCGCUAACAACAGCUGCAAAAAACAUGGUCAAUGGACACCAAAGCCACUCUUUGUUGUUUCGGGUGUCCUUCUGACCCAGAGUGAUUGAAGGUUAUGUUUGGUGGGAUGACAGCGUUACCAGCUCUGCUAUCAUGCUUCCAGACAGUGAUGCCGCAGGGUGAUGGCACCAUAGAUGUACAGUCAAAGCAAAGCUUAUUCACACCCUGGCAUAAAUGCUACUGACAUAAAAAUGGUGAGGAACUUUAUCUCGAGUCUAACUUUGAACAUGGCCGCAAUACAUAUGAAUGUAUCCAAGGAAGUCUUAUCAAUUCUCCUUCAACUCCAUCAACAAUGGCCCGGAGUGUGUACUUGCUCAAUCAAAAAUUCACACAGUAUUGAGUGACGCCUUUUAGGUAUACGGUUAUCCAAACAGAAAGCAAAUAAACACAGCAAGCCAUGGAAACAGAGAGCUCAAAAUAAGGUUAAAACUCAAAUCUUUAGCCAAUUUUUCAUAUUUUUUGGUUGCAUAACUCAGGAAACUGUCUUUGACCUGUCAUGUCUGUAAUUUGCACACAAGAUUUGCAGAGUAACUAUGUUUCGGUACAGAGGUUGUCUGCACUGUUUGUGCUCUCUUGACUCAAGGCCAAGAGUAUAUAGUGACACGUGAUUAAAAUAGUGAAGAUGGCUCACAUGGGUCUCUCGCUUCAUCACUUAUCUGUUCACUUAGUCUGCUACUCAUCAGUCACUCAGGAUUAUUUGCACAGCCAGUCAGUAAGGGGGCCCUACCCCCAAAUACCUGGGCCUCUUCUCUAUCAUGUCAUGCCAAGAUCCUGACAAGUGGUGACUAAAUUAGACGGAGAGUGAUGAGCAGAAAGAAAGAGAGAGAGAAAGGGAGAUUGGGAAGGGAAGAAAGCGCUGGGUUUGAGAGGGAAUAAAACGAGAGAGGCAAGGAGAAGGGAGAAAGUAGGGGAAAGGGGUCAGAGAGAUGACAGCGAGGGAUUUGAAAGGGAAAAGAUGAAAUGCAGACAUAUAAAAGGAGACUAUCUGAGAGCGAGACAGGACAAGAUAAGUGACAUUGUGACUGGAUGGCUUAUAAAAGGUGUAAUCAUCCACAGAGGGGAUUUUAAAGAAAAUAGCCCGGGGAUAUACACCUGUGAAUGAGCAGGCUUUUGCAAUCACACAUCACACACAACCGGACUUACACAUCAGUCAUGGUGCACUUAUGGUACAGUUUGGAGUUACUUGGAUUGAGCUGCACUGAUUUAAGCCAUCCAUAUCAAAUGUAUGAAAAGAUUUGUUGUACAACUGAAUUUUACGGUUAUUGGUUACAUGAGUUUUUGGCCCCCCAAAAAUCUACCUUCCAUGUUAAUCCCUUCUGAAAGACUCUUAUAAGCGUACAAAGUGGAUGUGUUUCUGCAGAAUUAGAAAAUAAUGAUUGUUAAUGAAUACUGUUUGUGAAUUUAAAAAAAAGGCAAAAAUGGAACACAUUUUUUUGAGACGCUGAUUGUUUAGUUGUCAUGCAACAUAUAGAUGUCUUUGUUUCCAUGUCUUACUUUUCAAUCCUUCUCUUUAGACCUGCAUUUGGAGGAAAGUUCUGUGAAGGAUCGUCCAGGUCAUACAAACUUUGUAAUACUCAGGACUGCCCCUCGAACACUCCUGACUACAGAGCGCAGCAGUGUGCUGAGUUCAAUAGCAAACAAUUCAGAGGAUGGUUCUACACUUGGAGGCCUUACACCAGAGUGGAUGGUGAGACUUUUUUUUUUUUUUUUACCUCAUUUUUCUUUUUUUUCUUUUUAAGUUUUGUGCUUUUUGUAAAGACAGUUCAUCAUCUUCAAUCCUUUUGCAUGUACUUUCCUCAGAUCAAGACGUCUGUAAACUGUAUUGCUUUGCUGAAGGCUAUGAUUUCUUCUUUGCGCUGGCCAGCAAAGUAAAGGACGGGACACUCUGCUCUCAAGACAGCUCUAACGUCUGUAUUGAUGGACUGUGUGAGGUAAUACCAGCAGUGAAACCAUAAAAUGACUGAUUGAAGAAUGACUUUAAAAUGUUGGACGCGAAUCUUUAAAGUUGAGCCAUGAAUUUUAGGUUGUAAAAAACACCAAUUGACACCCUUUAAAAACUCCUUUAUACAUCCUGAGAAAGAUUAAGUAGGCCUGUCAUCAUGUAAGUGAUUUAUGAUGGUAGUUUUCAACUGAUGAUUGAAUGUUGCAUUUUAUGUUUGCAUGUACUUUUUGAUGGCUUUCUCCCCAGAGAGUGGGCUGUGACCGGGUGUUGGGCUCCACAGCUGUGCCUGAUGCUUGCGGUGUGUGUAAAGGAGACAACUCCACCUGCAAGAUCUACAAAGGACAGUAUACAAAGCAACAUUAUACAAACCGUAAGUAAGGGUAGUUACCUUGUAAAGUUCAUUGCUUAUUAGUUGCUUUUUAAUUUUUAAUUUUGAGUGAAUAUGUUGCUCCUUUAUUCGAGUAAAACUGUUCUUUCAGCUCAAGCACAUCCUGGAAUUAUUGGUUGAUGUUUUUGUAGUUGUCCUCAUUCAAAUAUUUGGUCGUAGUUUUGCUACUCUUGCGAUUUUUGACAGAUUCUAAUGGUUCUCUUUUGCAUUUUCGCAGAGUAUUAUGGGGUGGUAACCAUCCCAGCCGGUGCUCGGAGUAUCCGCGUGAUGGAGUUGAAUACAUCCAGCUCUUAUCUGGCGGUCAGGGACACACAGAGACGCUACCACCUGAAUGGACAAUGGACAGUAGACUGGCCAGGCAGACACCCCAUCGCUGGAGCCAUUUUUGAAUACAAAAGACCCUACAACAGACCAGAGAGCCUCAUAUCAAGUGGCCCAACCAAUGAGACGCUGGUCAUAGAGGUAAGAAUAAAAGAAUCUACAAAGUACGAUGUCUACGUCCAUUUCUGUUAGUGCAGCGACACUGUUAUGUGUUUUUCUUGGCUUUCAUUGCUCUAUUACCACACUUAAGCUACUUUCUAUGACUUUUAUCACUAUAUAGUAUAAUUAUAAUGUCUUGAAUCAUCGAUCUGUCUCCAUUAGAUAUUGUUGCAGGGCUGGAAUCCAGGUGUACGUUGGGAAUACACUCUGAAAAAAGCAGACGAGAAAAGAAAUCACAUCAAACACAAUUAUACAUGGGCCAUCGUACGCUCCCAGUGCUCAGCCACCUGUGCUGGAGGUGAGUGUAAAAACCAACAACAAAGAAAUGUCUACCUGUGUGUCAUGUUACACUCAAGCUAAAACUAAAGUCAGAAUGGGAUUGAACUUGAUUGAACCAUUUCAAAGUAAACUGCAUUGAUGAAAAGGGAGAGAUCAGCUCAGAUCUUUAAUCUGGGCCAGCAUCUAAAGCUCUGUCUGACCUCUGUGAUCUAUAAUAAGGCUUUUAGCUGCAGGUUAAAUGGAGAGGGGCGCUUUCCCAUCAUUACUGAGGGGACAUUAGGAGCUGUUGUUCUGAGACUGGUGGGACCUCUUCUUGUUCUCAAGGACACCUGCUAUUACAAACACACACACACACGCACACAGACCCGCAACAACAAGCAAGCAAGCACACGCAUGCAGGGCUUGACCAGUCUGAUAAGAGGCCUUGUUUUUAAACUUGCACACACAAAAACAUGGUGAAGCUGUUGUCCAAGCCUAAGCAGACCUUGUGCUUGAAGGUCUUUGUGUGUGUAUUUGAGUUUGCACUGGCCUGUCUUCAUGUGUGUGAACAAAGCCCCCUGUGUAGAGUUCCUAUUGACUGACACUGCAGGUUAAAGUUCCCCACCCCAGCCUGUUGUGGUCCACCCUAAGCGCCUCCACCCCUUUGUGUCCUUAUUGUAGGCCAUAAUGGGUUGGGGGUCAUUUGCUUUAUUAAAGAGUGUGACUGACUAAAUGGGUUAAGAUGUGCAGAUUGACCAUGCCAAAGGCCAAAUACCAACCAGGGAAUCUAUGAGUCUGGGAUUCAAGUUUCACAUAUUUAGAUGGCACUGUUGGAUCUCAAUUUGUUGCAUGUAUGACCAACUGAUCAGCACAAUCUAAGAAAUUUAUGAGCAUCAAAAGGAAUCAUGACUUUAUUUAUUUUACAAUAGCAGUGAAGUUAAACAAUAAAAACUGUUGGUUGGCCUAGCAGUUUAGGCACAUGUCCCCCUUUGUAGAGACUAAUGUCCUUAUUGCACUGGUCUCUGCUGACAACCUUUCGGUGCAUGUCUCCUUCUACUCUUCAUUACCCAUAUACUGUAGCUUGUCUCUCAUUAAAUGUCUUGUCAAAUACAGGCAAAAAUGCAUGGAUAACCUUUUGAGGUUUUUUUUAAAAAUGUCUAAGUGUUGCUCUAAGUGACAGAAUAGCACACUUGAACAUACACAUGCAGUGGAUGAAGUGAUAAGAAAUGUUAUUCUUCAAAAUUGAAUCUAAUCUAUAGUGUGAGAUAGGGCUGUGGAAGUUUUUGACCAUAUGUCAAAUUAAAUUAGAUUAAAUUGGAUAAUUAACUUAAGUUAAAUUGAAUUAAAUCUAAUUAAAUUGAAUCAAAUAAAUAUAAGUAAUGUGUUAAAAGUAAUCCCAUGGAAAUUUUGUGUAAGCAACUGGACCAAAGUAGGACAACAUGAUGGAUAGUAGAUGAAGAAGCAGUGGCAGCAGCUAGCUAGCUAGCUUGUGCUAGCAGCCCUCAAAAAAGGGUCAUGUACUUUUAUGAAGUUACAAGAUUUAUCAUGAAUUUAAAAACAAGUCAGAGAUUGUAAUUUUUCUGUAACUUGUGAUGUCAUGUAUACUAUUUCAAAAUAAAAGCAGGUAUUUUUAGUACAGGAAAUAAAGCAACCUGAAUGUAAGAUGGUGAAAAAGUAAAAAUUACAGCAUCAGUGUGAAAGAUGUUUUUUUUUUUCUCCUUUACAAUUUUGAAAAAAUGUUACAUUUUGCAGGUAUUUUACCAAUAUGAGAAAGAACAUUUGACACACAUCCUAAAACAUGUUUCUGUUUUGUUAUAAAUCAUUAUUUGAAUAACUUUUACUGUCUUUACGGUCCUAAGAAAGAGCUCUGUAACACACUAUAAUUACAUUUUCAUCUUAAAAAUACGAUACCCCCUCUGCCAUUUUUUAAAACAUAUUUCCUUGCCAAAAAUGUGACACAUGGCUAAAGUGAGCUGGCUGUUUUGUUUUAUUGUUAUUUUACAUCCAAGAGAUAGCUGAAAUAGUUUGUAGAUGCAAACCAGAAUGAUCCCAUCAUGAUGUGCCUAAGCUUGAUGCAUUGGUUUAUCACCCACACAGGCCAGAUGAACACCAAAUCAGCAUGCUACAAAGACUUAAGAGUGCAAGUGAACACUUCUUACUGUAAUCCCAAAUCAAGACCAGCCACUGGAGUGAUGCCCUGCAACACCCAACCAUGUCCUUCAAGGUAAGACCUCUCCCUCAGACUAAGCUGUCCUUUGUUCGUGGCACUAAUCAGCAAAAUUAGGCACUCUUGGCUUAACAAAAAAUGUUGAUAAUAGGACUGUGACUUCUUAAUAUUGGGGUCAGCAAGUCAUUGUGGAUAUAAUAAUCAGGGAAGAAACUAAUAUCCUUGUUGUUAACAAAAAAUUAAAUUCACUCAUAUUUAGACUGGGGUUUUUUAACAUGACCAAACACUGGGUCACAGAGUUUGUGGGUAAAUACUGCCAGAUUGGUUUGCUAAGUGUGGCUGAUAUUCCCAGAGCUUGUACCACCGGCCAUUGGUCCUCCCUGCAGAUUGACAUUCACAUGCACUCUGCUGGUUAUAUAAAGUAAACUGCAUUGAGUUAACCAGACACAGCCCACAUAUUACCUACAUAUUACUAUUCAUUUUCUUGAUUAAAAAAAAAAUAAUAAAAAAUACUGCCAAGCUGUGCCUAAACGUUGAGAUGCUAUUGACUGUUUGUGUUAAUUUACAUCCAAACAGUAGAGCACUCACCGGUAACCAAAGCUACAUCACGGGUAGUGAGGGAUGGUUGUGCCACAAAGUAGACGCAACAUUGGACUGCCAUUUCAGGCCAUUAAUGUUACAAACUUGGUAAGUCAAACAGCCAGUCAAUGUGGUGUUAACUGUAGGGUGCCAAUUUUCAUGACUGCAGACUUAUGAUGGCAUCUUAGUUGGUCUAAUUUAAAGAUCCCAACUUACUCAACUCGAACCUUUGUUAUGUCAGUGCUAAUAUGUGGCUUCAAGCAUUUUUUGAAUGACCUCACUGCUGCUCUCUUUUAAGCUAACUCAGUCUGGAUAUCAUUAAAAUUGGUAUUUAAAUGAUUCCGACAUUUCCAGGUAAUUUUCUGAUAAAUAUUUUUGGAUGGAAAAAGAAUGAAAACUUGGCUCUGACAGACUUCAUGGUAUGUCAAUUGUUCAAUUGCUCAAUUGACACACCCUGGAACGGCUGUAUGCCUGUAGUAUACUGAAAGUUAUGUGACAGCCAAAACCAUUGUUGGCUGUAACAGCUCAACAUUCAGUGCAUGCAUGUUCAUGUUUGGAACUUGAGGAGACAGCUUGAGGGGCCACAAGCCAAAUACACUGAUACAGAAAUUUAAGCUCACAAGACCAGCAGGGGAUUAUUUUCUCUGCUUUGUCUUAAUAGCCCUCUCUCUGCAUCUGUUCUGUCAUCCGACUUCUCCAUCGUGGUUUGGUCCUCUGUCUUUCUUCCCUGUGACCUUUUAACCUGCCUUCUUCUUCACCCUUCCUGUGACUGCCAUGUGUUACUGGUAUAUUAUAACACCUUCACAUCUGUUCUGUAGUUUCUUGACAUGCAUCGUCAGAAAGAGCUGUUUAAUGGUUGAACCGAUUCUCCCAACUUCUCACACUAUCUCCCCAUAAUAACGUCAAUGGAAGGUGUCAGGCACCACUGACUGUGUUCUCCACCCUUUCCCCUGUUCAGUCAAGCACCUGUUCUGUGACGAUGACGUUUUCUUCACGUGUAAUGAAAAAAUAACUUGCAUUUUAGCCCAAACAUGUGUUUUAGGGGAAGAAGGGGGAGUUCCACUGUAUAUACAGUAAAUGUCUUCACCCAGUUCAGCAGGAUACCUCACCAGCUGUCAGGGAUUACAAGCUUCUAUGUUUCUUCAUGACAGUAGGUUGAGAACUUGUAAACCCUUUAGUAGCAACACAAAGGAACCAAAAGUCUAGUUUAAGGCUCUAUUAAGAGCCAUACAAGUCAAGUUAAAGAAUUUGUGUGGGAUGAAUGUGUUGCAUCCUGAAUUGAUGGUGCAUUUUGGUUCAGCCUAGCCUUGUUUUUUUUUUUUUUCCCUCUGUUUCACUACCCAAAAAAAGCUCAACAGUAAUUUGUAGCUGGAAACCAAUGUAAGAAAUGUUAGCAUAUGUUGAGGUUUGCUCCCAGGUUUCUGUGGCCAAGGCAGCAUUUUGAGAUGUUGUUUAACGUCACUGCUUUCACUUAGAGUGACACUUACACGCUGGUUAAGAUGUAUGACAAUACCAGACUGGAACAGAGUGGGAGCAUCAUCCACAAGGCUUUGUGGUUUUAGGGUGCGGUUCUGUGGGAUCUUGGCUCAGCUCAGUUGGUUCAGUCACUGUCUAUACCCCUGACAUACAGGGCUUCGGCAGAGGAUCAAAGUUCAGUCACUGUGGACCGGUGCUUCACAGUGGACAUCAUAGGGAGUGGUGUGACCGUUGACAGUCAGGACAUGUAUAAACACACACGCAUGAAAACACACACAGGGGAAGUGUCCCUCCCUUGUCUGUGCUGCUCUGGACAGUGUCAUGAAGGGUAAGACCCUGGCCAGAAAACCAAUCAGUGGAAGACACUCUUGGGAUAAGACUGGUUUUAACAAUGGAGUAACUUAAGACGUUGUGAUGAAAUGAUAUUUUUUUAUUAGACAAAAUGUUACACAACCGUUAUGAAAGAGAUAAAUGUAGCAUUCACAACAGGUUAUAAGACACAGAGCCCCUAGAAAACAAUCAGUCUGGAGCACUGACCAACAGAGAUGCUGCGAGUCACUCCUAUAGCAGCUGUGGCCUCCCAUUAGGGCUUUUUGAAUACAUAUUGGAGUGAUCAUUUCUUGAAUAUCACACUGACGAGUUUUCUAGGACUCACAUUACCCCUGUAAGUGAAGGUCAGCAGUGUAAGAGACUUAAAAGAUGCCUCUGCUUUCUUUUAACUUUGCUAACAGUGCUUACAGGGAGGCUAGCAUUCUGUAAACAUGGAGGAGUAGUAUUAGCAUCAGGUUAGCAGGGCAAAGGGUCACCAUCUUUGAUCAUUUAUGUUUGAUAGAGAGAACAAGAAGAUAAGGACCAACUGGCAGAUGUCAUGUUGGACCUAUAAUUUGAAGUUGUAUGACUGGAGUCUAUCUCCCUGUCAAACUGAAGUUUUAACAGAGCUGCAUGCUAACGUUAGCCUUCACAUUAGUUGCAACCAUCAGCUUUGAUACCAGAAGGAAAUGUUGUACUACACAGGCGAUUAUGACAAAGUUCUCAAACUUAACCCUGUCACCCUCAAAAUAAUAGACCUCUGGUAUAUGUAGCACCACAACUAAAAUAUUUAACCCCUUGGUGUGCUGGGGAUUUUUUAGCUGCCAGGACUUUAACCAGCGACCAGUUCUUUCCUAUCCUUUCCACAUAUUUUCUUUGAAAUUCAUAAUAGUACCUAUAUUACUCAUGGGCCAUUAUGUGAUGUUGACAUCCUUUCUCAAACACGCCUGUUUUUAUACGGAAGUAGCAUUAGUUUAGGAACAUGGUGACACAGAGAUGUUGAGGUUAGAUUUUGCCAGUGAAUGUCUGUUGUGAGAUUUAGCGUUUUCCUUUUGUAUCUUGUAUCAACCUCAGAAAUUAAGAAUGUAAUACUGUUAUUUUACUGCUAAUGGCCACACAAUACACAUGUACGAGUAAAUCCGUGCAAAAAAAGCAGAGUAUGCAGGCAUGCAACAGCAUAAAUCCAUUGAGCAUUUUCAAAGACAUUAGGGAUCACAACUGCAAACCCAUCAACUCUACUCAGGAAGGAUCUUAAUAUCACAGUGAAAUAGACAAAUGAGAAGUUAUUCCUCAACUUUAAAAAUAAAGCUCAUGCAUGAAACCGAGAGCCUCUAAAAUACUACUGCAUGACAUUUACAGGACAGUAGAUGUCUGUCUCCCAAGGAGCAACAAGAGCAUUUCUGUAGAGACUUUUGUCAGCUGCUGUUGAGGCGUCAAUCCCUCUGUGCCUCUAUUCUGAGUAUUCCCAUGUACACUCUUUGCUGUGGUCUGAAAUAUCAGCCAAGUCCUUGCAAAGAAAGUGGACACUGUUGACAAGUCAUGCCUUGAUUUAUGAGGAGAGAGCGAUUUAGCUGAGACACUGACCUCAUAUUGGUCCGUGUUGCAUGUGGAUGUCUCAAAAAUGUUGUUGUUGUGUGUCCAAAUGCUCCCUUGUCCCCUGCAUACAAAACCUUUUUUGUUGUGUGGUGGCCAAACCAAACCAAACCAUUUAAAAUAUACUUAGAACUCUCAUUACUCUUGAACAUUUAAAGUCAACACCAGAGACAGAAACAAUACAGUCCUCUCACUUCUUUGUUGCUGGACAUUCAUGUGUCAACUGUUAGUGUAUUUCCCUACAACAGAGGUCAUGGUGUUGUAACUGGAGUCAGCCACCUUCUGGAAGCUAAACAUAAUCAUACACUGAAUUUUUCUCAGAUAUCACUGUUAUUACAGUGCAUGUUGGGACUGCACAAUACACAUGAAAAGUGGCAAUAUCUUUUAUUUUUGUGGUGCAUAUUGCUAUUUGAAAAUGUGCCAUAGCAUAUGAGAGCACCAGGGAAAGAUGCUGCUAAUAACAGUGAAGUGUUAUCAGAAUCUGGCUAGCAUAUGGUCCUGUGUCUCUAGCAUCAUGCCAGGGCAUCUGUGGCAGGGGCAGGGAGGCGUGCAUGUUUACAUCACUUCAUGACAGGAGAAGAAAUGAUAGUAUGAGGGUUUCAGGUCAUAUGAUUGACAUUGCACAUCCUGCACUUGUGACAGUAAAACAAUAUAUCAUGCUACAUCACUGCCUUUACUCCCAUGCACACGGACAGCCAACCAUAAACAACACAUUGACCAUAACCAAUUCAUUCCCAACAUUUAACCUUAUUUUACCAAUAUGCAGUGCUAAGCCUGAACCUUCAGGAUUAUAAUUUUUGGUUUAUAUCUGUAAGGAACCUUGGCUUGUGUCAGUAUUAGCGCCCCGUGCUAUCAAAGCAGUCUUUGCUUAUCUUCUCCGCUACAUGUUUGUGCAGGGAUUUAUGACAACAUAUCUCAUCCUGAUAAUUAUUUUUUCUUAUUACAAACCCUGACCUUUAUUUAAAUUAGCACACUACCAUGUGCUGAUAGCAAACAGCAUUAAUGAUUCCACAUUGAACAACACAAUUCAAAAAUGCUGAUUUUUGACUGUCAAAUGUACUAUUCGCUUUGAGUAUUUUCAGAGAAAAUUGUGUCAGAUAAAAAAAAAACAUAUAUUACUAUUAAAAGUCUUGCUGAUUCUGCUUGCUUUUGUAUUUCAUUAGAGGGCAUCACUAUGAAGUUCAGCCAAGUUCAUGAGUGUCAAAAAAUUCCUUAUAGGAGCUUUAACAUUUCAUAAAAAGGUAACAAAAACAAAGCCACGCACACACACACACACACACACACACACACACACACACACACACACACACACACACACACACACACACACGCACACACAAAUAUACACAUACACCCACACAAAGAAAGGGGGAGGAGAAGACAGAAUGGCAGAACAAUUAUUGUUACUUGAAUCUCACUUCUCACUCGCUCAUCAAGACUCCCAAGGAACAUUUUACGUGUCUCUCUGACUCCACACCCAGUGAGCUGCAAUCCAAAACUUAACAGCACAACAAAGUGUACUAUAGUAACACUGAAGCACACUGUUGCAGAAAGUCAGUCAUAUUAAAUCUUUUCCUGAUUAUUUUGUUCCACGAGCUCGUCUUACAAAUCUCUUCUCUUGCCUAUGAAGUUCUUUUUUGAUCUGUGUCCAAACACCUGCUGAAAAAUCAUCUGCUUCAGAAAGAGUCUCUCAGUAUUCUGCAGGGCACCAAUAUUAUGUAAUCAGCACUAAAAUCAUGGAGUCCCAGUUAGGUUGCCAUUUAUCUCAUGUUUUAUAGUAACCAACAGCUGUUUGAGAGGGGAUUUUCCCUUUGCAUGGCGAUGUCAGAGCCUGUUCAGUUUGUGUUGUUUUGGAACAGGUAUCCUAGGAAAGUCCUGCAUGAUUACCAACGAGCCAUGUCAUUGUCACUGACAUAAAGUAAUGAUGGUGCUGACAGAAAAUAUAUAUUUAAAUAUCAAGUCAUAAGAAAAGGAAGCCCAGUCCUCUAGAGCUAUGUUAGGUCAGAAGUUGUAAGUAAUAAUGGCGUGAUUGCUGCUUACUGUGUCAUCAUGUGUGGUAAUGUGCUGUAGUCAUUCCUGUUUGGUUUCGCCGGUAUAUUCCAGAAAAACAGACACUGUGUAAGAGCAGUGCACUACUGCCAGCUUUGUAGAUUAUUCCCACACCAGCCAAAAACUUCUGCACUAAUGCAGCUGGGGGGCUCAACCAAAUGUUAUGUUAGGAUGGCUCCCACUGUACUCCACCUACAGACUAAUCUAUGGUUUUUAUUUGAGGUUAUUACUGUUACCAUGGUGUUUUUUGUGCUAAACAACAAACUUUUUAGUUAAUCUAUAAUGCAGAAUUAAAGGUCAGCAAGGAAACUCAGCGUAGAAAAUGCAUUACCACUGACUGUUCAAUGAUGGGAUAAAACAAAUGGUGUCCUCUGUGAAGAAGCUCUUUAUGCUGGGUUAACUUGGGGACAAAAAGAAAAGAGAUUGCUCUGAGCUUUCAACAUUCAUGUUAGCAAGACUUCUUCAGAGACUAAAUGACAUGACAAAUGUGAGAACAGGUGGAAUUAACUUUGACACUGAAAAAAAGAAAAGGGUUGAUCUUCCAAAGUAAGUCUCGAAGUUAAGGCAGAGAUUAACUUCCCCUUCCGUUGACUAUACGCUUGUGAAGUCUGACAAGCAUGUAAUCACAAACAGGUUUAAACACUUCUUCAUUCACCCUUACUCUCCCCUGCUCUGUGUGUCACUCUUUAAGUGAAAGAUACCAAAACACUGGGUUUGAGCUAAAACCGGGCUGAUACCACAUGAUCAAAUUGAACAAAUGUGCCUUUAUUUCGCACAUUCUGUGAACGUAGCAGCCAGCUAAGAUGCAGCAGCCCUUCUUGUCCUUGAAUAUGUGUUAGCAGUAUGCAGGAGAAAGAGAUCUGUGUGUGAUUGUUACUUACAUAACAACUUCAUACUGCAGCUUAUUUUUUUAACAUCUUGCUUACUAUCAUAAUUUUUAUUUUAUGGCUUCAAAUUCAGCCAUCUCUUUCUCAUCGAAUGGAUAUCAGCACAUAGUCAAAACACGAUACACAGUAGCAGCUUGAAAUCAGUAAAGCAGUUUUGUGCAGCAGUGCAACCUAGUCACUUGACACCCGGAUACUCAACUAGAACAAAUUGGAAACAAUGAAACGUAAGCGAGACGUGCAUGCUUCUAUUAGUUGAAACUAACUUGGCCAUAAUAUUGUUGUAGGUUGAUUAUAUAAGCAAUGAGCACACUUUCUGGGGAAGGACAAGAAACUUCUUCUGCCUCCAAAGGGUCGUGACAGGACACGUUAGGAACAAAAAAGAAAUUAAAUCAACUCAGUGAUUCCCUGAUAAUUGAGAGCUGGUGUUUCAGUGCAAAGAAUGUUGUGUAUUCCCUGAAGAAAUCAUUUAGUACAAAUUAUAAAAUACUAUAUAUCUGUAAGUGAUAGCCCGUGCAGAAAUAGGCUAAUACAGAUGGACACAUUACCUCAGUAUGAACCUGUAUGUAGUGUAUUAUGUUUCUACCAUGCUUAUAAUGGGAAAUGUAAUUAUGUUUCAUUGUCAAAUGGAUUAGUGAAGUCAGGAAACCAGACAUUCAGGAGAGAGCAGGGUAUACAUCAAGGAAAAGGACAUCAGGAAAGUCUUAUUCACAGUGUUUGUGGUUUUGUUUGCAGACAAGCCAAACAAUUCAAGCUUUAUCUGCACCAUUACAGAGUGUGAUCACACUGCCAUUAUCUGCUAGCCAGAGACAAUGACUGUUUCAUUUUCAGGUUUCAGGCAGUGCUUAGAUGCUUAGUCAUCCCCCAGGGCUCUCCAGGUAUAACAGAUGCUCUUCUGGACACAGACAUAUGUUGACUUCUGCAAGCUUUACAUUGAGUUUCCCCUGCUCUCCGUCUUACACAUACUGUAGAUUCUGUCUGUCUUCCUGUCUGCAUGUGUCUUCCUGUCUCACACAGAGCAAAGCCUUUCAGAUCAACUGCGAGACACUCCUGUCCCACCUUUCAUCAGUCCACAUACACACUCACACACAAGCACACUGCAGAGCAACAGCAGGGAGGAUAUUAGAGCUCCACUGCAGUGUCCAUUACUUCAGCUGUAAACAUAACCUUCAUGGCCCAAACACUUUGAUGGGACAACUUUUUUGCUCUGUGACAUGUCCAACCCUGUCCCACCUCACAGACCCGUCCCAGUCACCUACCCCCACACACACACAUGCACACACACAUACACACACACACACAGUACACACACUCAAUGAUAUCCCCAAGCAGCCAGCCAAGGAUAGCUGUCAUUCAAACUGUGUUGAGCUCAGGUUGCAGCACUUCCAAUCUCUCAUCAGGGAUUUGUCAUGCUGCGACUUUAUGACAAACAUACACACUCUCUGUCUGCUUGUUCGUCUGUCUCACUGUCUGUAUCAUUUAAAAGUCAUUUAUAAAUACACACUAAUUAACUUUCUCUCCCGCAGCUACUCCUCUGCCUCCUCCUGGUUGUCACAGAUAUUGAUGCACCUCUCUGAUCAUCCGUUUCCCUUUGCUUCCUUUUCCAUCUCUUACUUUCCCUCCUGUGCAAAAUUCCACCUCUCACAAAGCCACACACACACACACACGCACCGCCCCUAUCAGCUUUAACUCACUAAUGGAUCUGUGUGUUUACUCUGAGAUGAGGAGGCAGUGAUAAUAGUGGCUGUAAAGUAAUCUCACAACUGUUUACACUCAUCUCUCAAGCCUAUCUCUUUCAUUAUCUACAGCUGGGGCUGCUUAGGUGUGCCUGUGUGCUUGAGCAUGUGUGUGCACAAGCGUAGUAAGAAGCAGGUACGUAAAAAGACACUGACAGGGCUAAUUGCAAAUGACUUUUUUUUUGCAUCCAGUUGCUGUGCAUUGUGUCUGUCUUUCGGAACUAAUCAUCAAACAACAAUUAAAUAAUACAUACAAUGACACUUGGAUCAACCUCUAAAUAAGCUGUAAUUAAAGAGAAAGUUUGAGGGAGCUACCACAUUAUAACCUUCACCUGUAAUUGUUACAUUAAAAGAGACGAUUUUGUUGAGGAAGCAAAAUUCUUUCUGAAGCACCUAACUUUAUUUCACACUAUCAGUAAGUAUUAUCAAUGCAUAGUUUAAAAGUCUUUUAAAACUGGCUGGUACAAUGCCCAUUAAGUUUUAUAAGACGAGUAAAUAUACUACAGUAUGACACAGAACAGUACCAUCCCACCCCAUGCCAUGCAAAUGGUGAUAUGAUGAUAAAUGAUAUUAAAUAUAGAAUAAUUCACUACCAUUAAUAUGAUAUUAUGCCAUGCCAUCCCACAGAAAUCUAUACAGUCUAAUAUAUGAUACGAUACGAUAUGACAUGACAUGAGAUUAGAUGAUGUGACAAGAUACAACACUGUAGGAUGUGAUAUAUUUCAAUGCCAUACAAUGAAACAUAAUACAACAUGAUGCCAUGAUAUGAUGAUAUACAACAAUACAAUACAAUAUAAUGCUUUGUUUGCCUUGCAAUCAGAUAUGCAAUAACAAGGUAUUGUCCUCUAUAGAAAACUAUCUCGGACUGAACUGCUGCACCAUUUAUGAUGCAACUUUUGACAAUUUUAUCAAUAAAUAAAUACAAGAAAAACAAACAACCUACAAACAAACAGACAAACAGACAGAGGGGUGAACCACAUUGUUUGUGUUCUGCACCAAACAUUGAAUAAAUGGAUGUGGCACUAUGUCAUAACACUUUGACACUAUUUUACAAACUGAAGAAUUAUUAUGUGACAUUUUGAUUGAACUGUGCUCAGUGUGCUAUUGUAUAAAACCAAAGACUAAAUUUGAGUACACAACAAAGUUCUCAUAUAACAGCAUAAAAUUUGUGCUGUAUUUAUAUCAGGUAAUCUAUCGUUUUCUGAUUAGAUGCAGUCUUAACCUCCAAGCCACAUUUCCAUUCUUUUAUACUCUGAUUACAGCUAUUUUCCAACAUUGUUAUUCACAUUUAAUGCUCAUAAAAAAAAAAAUAAUGAAGUUAUACUGAUUUUAUAGUUUAGGGUUUUCUGAUUAUCACUUUAAUUGUUGUAUCCUUGUUUAUGACAGUUCCCUUUCAUGGUCAAAUUAAGCAGAACUGAUUUCAUUUGUUUCUUUGCCUGAAUUUUGAACUUCAAAAAAAAAAAAAAAAAAACUAAACUGAAACAUAUUGCUUUAGUAUCCAUGCACAUGUGUUUAUUUAUCUCACCAAGGAUCUGACACAUUUUUGAAAGUGCAUCAAUUUCUCGCACUUUGUGGGUUCUCUGCAUGUAUAAACUGUGAGCUGAGACAAACCAUGUGCUGGACUUACCCAAACAUGCAGGCAAAGACUAGACAGUCUAACUGUGGUCAGUCCAUCCUUGCAGAUUGUACUAUUCUGAGGCCCUGCAGUUAUUUCAUUUUGCUGUGUGUGCAACCACCAAGACGGUCCUAACAAGCAUUACAUCAUGGAAAACAGUGUCUGAUGCCCACUCUGAUUUAGAGCAUGAUAUCACUGGGUCUCACAGUUUGGAUGUGCAGGGAUAUAAGAAACACCCAGACACUGACACACACGUGAAAGCUCACACGCUCACACACACACACACACACACACACACACACACACACACACACACACACACACACACACACACACACACACACACACACACAACCGUCCUGCUAUAAACACCGGUCAGAGGUUAUUUAAUGCCUCUGGUGAGCAUCCAGAUAGCCAUUUAAACCACAGAGGUGAUCUGACACUCUGUCCUCGGGAUAUCUGACCAGUUGUGCUUCUGUGCAGAGUGUCUCAUGCUUACUCAUCCUUCAAUUACUCUUACAAAUAAAAGUUGAGGCAGAGAUCACAAGACAGGUUGUAACAUUAUAGGGUAUUAAUCUGUAUACGAGUAUCCUGGUGCCAGAGGGCUCAUUAAAGGGAUAAAUCUGGGCUAAAAGCGCAUGCCGUUUACUAUUAAUUAAAGCUGUUCAUCAUCCACUGGGUUAAAAACUGUAUUUUAUCUUCUGUGAAGAAACUGAUACCCAAGAUGUGACUGAGUGACGUAAAGGAGCUAAUAUGAGAUUUCAUUGCGUUUACAUGGCUGAUGUCAGGAGUGAGCAAGUUGGUCAAUAUACUUACGUGAUAAAUCAAUGAUACAAACGGCUUUACAUUUGUACUUUACAUAAAAUAAAUUCAGGGCAUCCUUUUUACUUAAAGAGAAAAAGAAAGUUGUUUGAAAGAAAUAUGUUGUUUGCCUUAUGGGGCUUGCAAGCAUAGAAUUUUUAAUCAGGCCUCAGCUCUUGAAAGACUUUACAAUAAUGAUAAAAUAGUUUCAGCUUGUCUUCUGCAAACAUGCUAGGAUUUAUUUAUGUUGAAGGACACCAUGAGGGUAUGAGUCCUAUUUUGGCACCAUUGGUCUAUAAAAAUCAUGUCACAAUUCCAAAUAUGUAACACAGAUGUUCUGACCCCACUGUUGAAAUUUAAGCUAAACAGAUGAAUUUGCAUCUCCGCAGUCCCCCCAUUGGCUCUGAAAUGGUCCUUCAACAAUACAGCAUGCAUCCUCCUCACCCUGACAAACAAUAACCUACAUAACCCAGAUGGAACCUCUCUGUCCAUAUUUAUUUAGAUUCAGCUCUGCGUGUUUAUUGUACUUCAGAUUUACGCUCCUCAUCAUCUUUGGACAACAUUCCAAGGGAGUGAUGCUCCAAAUUGAUGCAAAUAAAGUUAGCACUGUUCAUAUAUACAGCACAACACUAUGUGCUGACAGUGUGGUUUUUGGGUUUUUUAGUGUCCACAUUAGGGAGAGAGGGGGUACUGAGGUGAAGUACAGAGAGAGGAUGACAUAGUGUGUGAUGAAGGAUACUUGCACUUUAUGUUUGGGGUCACUGGAUGCAGUGAUUCGUUGAGGAAGAGAGAGAGAAUCUGAUGUUUGGGCAACUAAAACAUGUGGUGUGCAGCAGUGCCAUGUUGGGAAAGGAUAUACUUAACAGUCAACAUAGUGUCUCUAAAUGAAGCGCUUAUCAGGGUUUAAAUAAGUUUAAUACAUUUUGUUAAGCGUCACAGUUGAGACAAGAAGGAGGAUUAAGACUGCACAGGGAGGUUAAAGUUACAGUUUCAGUAUGGCAGAUGUCCCGACUUGUUCUGAAGCCAGACAGUCAUGAACAAAUAUCCAACAUCCCUUAGACAGGUCUGCAAUAUCCCAAUAUAUGAUAAGAUCAGCAUUCAAAAACAAUGGAGUAUGACUACUGAUAAAGACUCUUGAGAUUCUUUGCAAACAGAUAAAGAAAUGCAAAUGUGAUAAAAGCUAUUCAAGCUUUUACUACUCAUACGGUGACUUAGAGUACACAAGAGCAGAGAAGUACUUUGGGCACAAGUUAGCAUGUGGCAAACGCAGUCUUUCCUCUUGUAGGAAUGCAGAGACAUGUAAAACAACAGUAGAAGUAGAAGUACUGGUUAACUUCAAACACAGUAUAUGUUCUUCCUACAUGUUCUUGCUGUCAGUUUUUCCUCUGUAGUCUGUUUCAUAUUGAUGUGUCUUUUGCAUCAUUUGUAUCAUUCUACAUCCGUCAAACUACAGUUCAUUUGUGAGUAUGCCAAAUAAUAAUCUUUUAUGCGUGUUACAGUGAAAUUUAGUCCUAGUAAGGAGAAGACUGUGUGUGAUGGUUAAAAAUAAAAACAAUCCAUAGGGGUGCUUGUUUGGCUGUGUUGGUAAAGGAAGUGCCUCAUGCACAGAGGCAGUAGAUGUAGUCAAAUUGUUCAUAGGAUCAACUUUGUAUCUCUGUAAAAGACACAGAUCUCUCUACACUGACUAUCUUUGUACGGCGGUCAUGUCAUUUGUGAUUUCCCGUGGGGUCUGUCUGGAUAAGUGAUUGAGUAGCCGUGCAUGUUGACUCAGCAGCCUGGUGUUGUGUUGUUCCAGCUGGUCUGUAGGAGAAUGGGGGGUGUGCAGCCGGAGCUGUGGAGGAGGGGAGCAGACGCGACAGGUCCAGUGUAUCCAGAGAACUAGCCAGACCAACAGAGACACUCUGGCUGACUCUGCCUGUGUCCAGCCUACCCCAGCCAGGAGACAAGCCUGCAACACACACAGCUGUCCUCCAGUCUGGACCACCGGGCCAUGGUCACAGGUGAGCAUGAGUGAAAGUGAUCCAACAACACCCAGUUAAAAGGAAACUCUCACUGGACCUACACUGACAAAGGUUAGAAAAAGGCACACUGCUGUAGUAAGGGUAAAGUCGAUGACUGGACAUCAUGAUUGCAGCACAGUCUAUGCAAAAUUUAGAGACCCUAAAAAAUAAACCCUUAACAUUUAAGACUGGUCGCAGUAUAGGUCAUAAACCAAGACCCCUCCCUGUCAACAGAUGGGAUUACAUCAAAUAGAGUUUUCUGAGAUCAGUUUCACGUGCAAUGGUCAAUGCAUGGUAGUUUCACAUAUCCACUAUCACAUACAUGUUAAAAUGUGAUAUUAAUAAUUUCAGCCACGACAUGUUUAAAUAGAUAUUUUAUGAAUUCAUUGAAUAAAAAAUUACAUUGGAUCAUGUUGUAGAUUUAAGAACAUAACAAUUUAUGAAAGACUAGCCUGUAACUGUUUUAGAUUUGAUAUUCUGUCAUUUCAAAGAAAGAAAAAGUAUAUAUAAAUUUCUCAAAAGCAGCCACAUUGACAAGGCCGUCUGCAUUGUCUGCAGACAUUGUUUAUUUUUUUACUCAGCCGUGGGCGCACAGGCGUUGAGUGAUUGCCAAUUAUUUCAUAUUGCCAUUAAUUGGCCAAACUAACUAGCCAGACUAAUUAAUGCGCUUAUCUCAAGUUAUUUGAUGCUAAUACUGAGGUAGAACAUCAAUGAUGCAGCUUUUUGUGGUGAGAGAAAGAACCAUUUCAUUUUCCAUAACCGUUAGCCUCUGCUCUGUUUUAAUCAACACAAAAAGUUCUUGCAAGACUAUUGCCUACCAGAUGGUCUGUGAUACACAAUCACUGAAAAAGCUAAUUAAAUCCCAGCGGUUCUGGUAGAAAGUCACAGCAGCACUUCAAGGUUGCAUGGUCACAUUUAACAGAAAGAGCCUUACACACUCUUUAUGUUGAGUUAGGUGAACCACAGCAUUGAUGGCUUCACCACAUUUUAUGACUGUGAUCUCAGCAGCUUUAAACUAUGAAUGUGCCCAAUGAGACCCCAUUUUUGUUCCCUAUCCAACCCCUAUUUCAUUGUGCUUGGUGACUUGUGGCACUGUUCAAGUUGUUAAACUGCCAGUUCACCCCAAAUAUCCCUGACUUCCUGCUACAAAUGGUGUCCAGUUUACUUCCUCUCUGUGACUCUGAGGCAUGGUGAAGUGCGUCACUGCCCAGUUUCUUGGAUGCAGUGCAACACUUGCAGCGUUUUGAUUUAGGCUUUGCCAUAGGGUUAGGAAUUGUUGGACUCCCUUAAAUAAAACAUCAAGGAUGUGAAGCACAAUAAAUGACUGUGUAGAGAACAUGAAAAUAUAGUAGUUGUGCUUUUAAAUGCUUCCUGUGCCAAGUUAAGAUCUUUGACCUCUGACAUUUUUCCUCAUUUCAAUACAAGAACUUUAUAAUGUAAAGGGAAUUGCUCUGGCCUCUCUUUGUAAGAAGUACAGUAAUGUUCCCCAGAACACUAUUUUGUUGUUACUCCAUAAUCAGAAUAUGUAGCACGGGUACAGAUGGCAGGUUAUGGACUUAGAGCAUAUCCAGAUACCGUCAUUUUCAUGUGUGUUUUCUGGCAGUGUUCUCGUAAAUGUGGCAACGGUUUGAAGAAGAGGUCGGUGCUGUGUACGAGCACAAACCCGGGUAUCCAAAAACAAACAAUGGAAGACAGUUUGUGCGCCGGCCUGCAGAAACCUGCAAGUCAAGAAUCCUGUUUCAUCAAACGCUGCCAGAAACAACGCAAAGUCCAGUGGUUUGUCUCCACCUGGCAACAGGUAAUUCAAGAGCAGUCAUAAAUACUACAGACUUAUACUAUUACAGUUUGAUACUAUUACAGUUUGAUAUAUUUGGCUGAUGUGAUUAAGUUCUCUCCCUCAAUUUCCUGUCUGCUCCUUUUCUUCUCUGAACUUCCAGUGCUCGGUUACAUGUGGCCGAGGCUAUCAGGCACGCUUCAUCAAGUGUGCAGAGAAGGUGUGUAUUGCAUGUCUGUGUUUACUCAAAUUACUCAGCAUGUAAAUUCUUAUAAGCUAAAUUUGCAGCUUUAUUUGGCAUCAUCACAGCCCCAAGUUUUAAUCUUUCGUAUCCUCUUUUUUAUAUUACGGUACAUAUUUUUUUCACUGUGCUAUAAAUAUAUAAAUCCAGAGCUAUAACUUGCUCUGUAUUUUGGAUGAGAGUUUACCUUGAGGUUUUAAUUGCAUCUUCUGGCUAACAUUGUUAUUUUGGAUUUCUACACAAAAGGACACUGCAGGGAAAUACAGAGAGCUUGCUGCCAAAAAGUGCCACCAUGUCCCCAAACCUACAGUAGAGCUCCAGAGGUCCUGUGUCAUGGCAGACUGCCCCAUCCGCACAACUCCACCAGUCCACCGAUGGAUCACACAUCAUCGUCCUAUCACCUAUCCUCUACAACCCCUCCCUCAACCUCCACCUCAGCCAGAGUGGCACUCCUCUCCAUGGUCUCAGGUAGGAGGACACAGCAGACUUUGGUUGCCAUGUGCUUUACCCAUAGACUGUACAAUUACUGGACAAAGCAUUCUGUGACAUUGCCCAUCUGUUUCUGUAGCAAAGUUUGGAAGCCACUCACUGGUGGUCACCACAUUGGUAAUGCCAACUCAACCUAAUAUUCAGUCAAACUACCAGAGUUGGGCCUUUAGCCUCUCUGCAAAGGGCCACAGUGUGCCUACCUGUCAGUCAAGUCAGCUGUUGUUCUGAUUUUGUAACCCUAGUAACCUCGAAACAAACAUGUUACAAAAAAAAAUCACUCCUCGUACAUUGGGCCUUUGCUGAUUUUUAUGAGAAGGGGGGCACCAGGCCCAAAACCAGUACAAUCAUCAUGUAGUUGUAUGCCGAGCCCAAAAGUAAGAUAGACCAUGCAAGAAAGGCUGAAUUACGUUGUAUCUGUUUUCUUUUCUUUAUGAUUCGUCACUUUUUAAGCUAAUUAAGACUGAGUAAAUUGGGUUAAACAAGAAAUGUGUGGCUUGGGAGCUUCAUAUUCUCCUCUAUUUUUACUCUACAGUGCACAGUGACAUGUGGAGGGGGAGUGCAGGCCAGGUCAGUCCAAUGCCUGGUCCAAGGGAAGCCCUCCCCAGGCUGUUCCCUUCAUCUGAAGCCUGUCAUGUCACAGGCCUGCAACACGAACUUUUGCCCACAGCCCGAGAAGAAAGGUACCCAAGCUCAGAUGUAGUUAUUUACCGUAAUGCUACUUAAUCCAAAAACAAAGCGUCUCAUAAACUAUAUUCUGUCAUCUUAAGUCUUUUCUUCUCCCUUUUUCUCUGCAGAUGCUGCCUGUAGGGAUUACUUCAACUGGUGUUACCUGGUGCCCCAACAUGGAGUCUGCAACCACAAGUUCUACGGCAAGCAGUGCUGCCAAUCCUGUUCAAAUUCAAACCUAUAAUCAAGAAGAGUGAGUCUGUCUAGGAUACUGACAGACCAGCAGUUAUGUGGACAUGUAAGAAGCCCAAGCUGAGAUGGACAGUGUUUUUGCUUUGAGCGUGUGGCAUGCACCAAGAAACAAAAGACAUUUCAAUUGAAGUGCAAAAACUAGAGU